AUGCGCCCCGGGCGCUGCGGAGAAGGAGGAGGAGGAACAAAAGGCUGGCCCAGGCGGCGCCCCUCGGCGCAGCUCCUCUCUCCAGAGCCGGCAGGGGAUGCCGUCCCUCCGGUGAGUGAGUCCCCUCCUUUGGUGCUCCGCCUUUUGGGUCCGUCCCGCCGCCCUCGCUCCCCGCGUCUCCUGGCGAGCUGGCAGGAAGUGCUGCUGCUGCCGCUGCUGCCUGAGUCUCGUCUCCAUGCACCGGUUUACCGCUAAGAGCCACCGGGAAGGAGGAGAGGCAACAGGGGCCGCCUUGAGUUCCCCAGUCCUCGUGACUCCCGCAGCCCGCCGGGGAUCGGAGGCCUGCCCUGCCGAGGGCAGCUGUCGGGGCUGAAGGGCAAGAUCUCAGCCGUCGCCCCUGCAGACUUUCUUGGAUGCGAGACGCUCGCUGGCUUGGCCAAGGGAACCUCGCGUUGGCAUCCCGGCGCGCUUCAUGCCUACUCGUAAGUAAACCCCACGGGGCUCAUUGCAGCUUCCUAGGAAGGGGUGUUUGGGGUUGCAGCCUCACAGCAGGCCGAUCCAUACAUGUUUACUCGGAAAUAAGUUUCCUUCAGUGAGACUGAAUUGGGUUCGUAUCCUAUUGCAUGCAUGCAUACUCUGAAUGGGCAGCAUGUGUGCGAUCCAAUAUUUUUCCUUUAAAAAACCCCAAAACACCCCAUUCCUGGUCGGAGACCAAAAGGCAUUGUUAAAUUAGGUAUUGUUCCAGGUUUCCUUUGCAUAGGUAGGGGAAGGUGUGGGUGCAAUUCUCUGUGUGGGUCUCUAAGGCAGUCAUCUCCAUCCUGAUCUCUCCAGAUACCUUGGAGUACCAGUUCCCAUCAGCCACAGCCAGUGGGGUCAGUGGUCAGGGGUGAUGGGAGUUGUGGUCCAGAACAUCUGGAGGGCACCAGGUUGGGGAAGGCUUCAUAGACCGUAUGAGUCUCACUUUGUAAGAGACACAGAGCGAAAGGUCCUGUGUUCAAAACCUAGGCACUCUCUUACAUACAGCCCUCUUGCGUUAGUUUGUGGCCAUCAUCUAGAAAUAACUAAUGUGAAUCUCAGUAGGAUCUGGGGUUUUUUUGUAUGUGUGUUUAGGAUCAGUUUUAAAGUGUGUUAAGUGGUGCUUAGUGCAUGGCUAAAAGAAUUCACACAUGUAUUAUUGUUGUUUUUACUCAGAGUAGACCUACUGAAAUUAAUCAACCUAACUUAGCUGUGUUCAUUUAUUUCAGUAGGCCUACUCUUAGUGAAACUUAGUGGAAUGCCACCCUGUUCUGUUCUGAUCUCUUGUCUCAUGCCUACUGUUUUAAGCACUUCUUUGUUCACACAGUCAAUGGGGCUGUCUUAUUUCUCUGCAACAGCCUGAUAAUCCACAAUGUUGCUAACUGGGGGGGGGGGGGACCCACCUUCCUAGAAAAUUGAGCCUUCUCUGCUUCAUUUGCUUUCAUUUAUACUCUUCAGCCUUUACCCUAAAAAUAUAUACAGUAUAUCUUCCCAAAAAUACCCUCAGGGAAAAAAGAAACAUUCCACAUCUCCCCAAGGGAUCCCUGAUGGAAUCAGUACUCUGUAGUCUAGCACAAAAGCCUUGCAACCGGAGGAGGCAAUUCCUUCCAUUAGGAAGGAAAUAGGUUUGCUUUGCCUUGGGGGUUACAAGGCCUGCACUGACUGGGAGCGAUAUUUAGCAUUUUCAAGGCUUUCCCUGCUAGACUUGGCCAUGUACCAAACCACAUUGUGUGCUUACUGCAUGAGUCUUCUCCAAAUGCAACUGUAAUUUCUUUGCUUCACCUCACUUGCUAUGCUGCAAGAUGCAAAUGGACACGAUCAUAACAGAAAACCCUUACUGAGUCAGCACAGGCUGCUGUUGGUUUCCAUGGCAUGGCUUCUGCUUUUACUUAAAUACAGUAUAAAUGGGUGCAUCCAGACCUGUGAUGUAUUGCCCACCCUCCAUCCCCUGACAUGUCACUGUUGCUCCUUUCUAAGUGAAUUUUCUCACAGCAGCACCUGCUUCUCCUUAUAGAGCUCCUACUGCAAUUGUUGUGGACCAGUCUUUCUGAACGCUUCCCCUCUUCCCAGCCACUGGCAGUAUUUGAACAUAAUGCUAAGCCAGCAUCCGCCAGCCUUUUGGAGCCUGUGGGCACCUUUGGAGUUUUGAGAGUGUCACGGGCAAUAUUCCUUCUGGUUGCUUUUUUCUCUCCCCCCCCCCCCGGUUCAUGUUCCCCCUACAGAGAAAAAGAGGUUUCCUUUGCAUAGGUAGGGGAAGGUGUGGGUACAACUGGGGUCCAGGUAAAAGUAGGAUCCUGUGGAAUUAAAAACAAAUCCUCUUGAAUUUGCAUAACUUUACAAGGAGACUCCAAAAAGCACACUACAAAAUGGAAGUUUACAAUGGUGGUAAGGUGUUGUAGAUCCUGUGCCUGCUAUUAACAAGGGAAAAAAAUUGAUCCUCCUGGAUAUUCAUGACAUAAGAUGGCAGCAACACCAUCAACAAAUCACAGAAGUCAUCCGUAGACAAUAGAAGAGACCUAUGAUUUAACAGAGGUUUUGAGUGGAUCCCUUGUAAAAAAGAAAGUUAUGAGGAUCAAAAGGAUUCAUGUAUCAGGGCCAUGUUUUUGCAGGUCAUUCAAUGGAGAUGUGAUUUCAGGAUGGUUUGGUGGGGAUGAAGGGGAGGCAGGAUCCAUGAGGAGAUUAUUCCAUUUCAGUAUUAUUCAAUUUACUUUGUAAAUUGCACCUGCCUUAUUUCUCUGGCGUUCCCUCUUUUCCCUCUCUGGCACUGUCUCCCUCUUGACUCCUGCAACACCCAGCUUUGUCUUCUUUGCCUCCCCUCCAAUCACUGUUUUCCUCCCCCCCCCCCAGCCGCUCAAACCCUUUCUCUCCUGCCCUUCUUAGUUGCUCCAGUUUCUGCUCAGGUGCCGCUCUGGGCCUUGAGAAGCAUAUAGAGCUGAAAGAGGAAGUGGGAAAGAGCACCACUCUUCCCAUGCUUGCCUUCAUCUCCAUGUGCUUCACAAGAAGAAAGGUAACCCUUGCCCCUUCACCAGGAAGUGUGAAGAACGAGCAUUAGAGUGUGUGCAGUAGCUUUGUGUGCACCAGGGAAAGUCUUCAAGGGUGCCAUUGUGCCCAAGGGCAUAAUGUUGGGGACCCCAUAAAUAUGGUUUAGUAAGCCAUAAUGUGCACAAGCUCUGUCCUGAGCACUCCUGCUUUGCUCCUGUCUUUGCACAAAUGGGUAAACAAACCAUGAUGGGGAUAGCUUAGCACAGGGGUCAGCAAACUUUUUCAGCAGGGGUCCGGUCCACUGUCUCUCAGACCUUGUGGGGGGGCCAGACUAUAUUUUUUUUGAGGGGGGGAAUGAACGAAUUCCUAUGCCCCACAAAUAACCCAGAGAUGCAUUUUAAAUAAAUGGACACAUUCUACUCAUGUAAAAACACACUGAUUCCCGGACCAUCUGCAGGCCGGAUUUAGAAGGUGAUUGGGCCGGAUCCGGCCCCCGGGUCUUAGUUUGCCUACCCAUGGCUUAGCAUGAUGUCCAAGCCCAGGAUCAUGGUUAUGCUUGAUUGUGGUUUAAUAGGGUGAAACAAACCAAGAUUCUGGAUUUGAAUACCGGGCUAUGCAGCUAAACUAUCUCCAUUGUGGUUUGUUUACUUGCUUGUGCAAGGUGGAGGAGCAAAGCAGCGGUGCUUGGACUGUGUGCACAAGUUAGCUUACUAAACCGUAAUGAAUGGCUUAGUGUAAUGUGCAAACACUUGUCUUUUAUUACCAUAGACUUUUUUAAAAAAACAACAACAUAUUUUUGAUGAACGCACAUUGUUGCUGCUGUGUGCCUGGUGACCUAUGCCUCCGUGUUAAUUUUAUCUGUGGAAAGGGAAGGACUCAGAUCUCAGGCAGAACACAUACUUUGAAAGACAUUUGAUAAGAGGCCUUUUCUGUCCUUGGAGAGCCACUGCCAGUCAGAAUAUUAGACAAUACUGCACUGGCUUUGAUAGAAGAUUGCUUAUUAUGUUCUUCCUAAAGAGGCUGUAAUGUCACCCCUUCACAAUCCUUUCAAAGCUUCUCCCAUUUUUUGGCUGUGGUUGGAAUGUGUCUUUUUGUUGUUGUUGUUGUUGUUGUUGUUGUUGUAGCAUACAGUUUAUAUUUUACUGGCCUUGCAUCUGUGGGUGUUCAAAUUCAGCAUUAUCCCCACCUAAGAGUGCCUCUCUUGUCAUGCGGAUAGUGCAUCAAUGGCAUAAUCAAGUGGGUGCUCUCGGCUGGUCUGGCAAACUGUCUGUUGUUUGUUCUACUCAUUGCUUUCUGAAGCAGAAAUCCUUGUGUGCUUAGCUACACCUGUGCAUAAAAGACAGCAGUCACAAGCUUGCAAGGGUAUCCUAGAGAGCAGCUGGGCUUCUGGUGUUUUGGCGCUCCAAAUGUGGAGCUACUAAUGUCUUGCCCUUGCUUAGACUGGGCUAUGGAGCCUUUGCAUGCCUGUAUGUUAGUAGUAGUGGUAGUAAGUAAGUAAGUCCAUCUGACUGGGUUGCCCCAGCCACUCUGGGUGGCUCCUAACAAAAUAUUAGAAACAAUUUCGGCUUUAGACCUAUAACAGUUACCCGAGAAUAAUUCUCCUUAAAUUUCAGUGUAGGCUUACUUUUGAAUAGGCAUGUAUAGGAUUGCCCUGUUGAUGACAGUUUUGUUCUAGAAAUUUGUUUUUGUUGAUAGAGAAUUACUAGGGUUUCUUCUUGAGCGUUUGUGCUCUGCAAACAAAUCCAGAAUGGUCCAGAGUGGAUCAUUAGACUUCCUUUAUUUGUUGCUUUUUCACAAAAAAGCCACAGAACCCCGUCACCAAUUGUUAUGUAAAAUUCUUAUCCAUGCAUCUUUUAAAAUCUUGUGUUCUUAUUAUGCAGUUACAACCACUGCUUUUCUCUCUCUCUCUGGGUGUACUCAAGGGGACGCAGUACCAGAACUGUUUUUUUUCUAGUAGAAAAGUACAGGUUGCAAUUAUUUUGUUCUUGCAGUCAUUCACGUUGGCAUCUGAUGGGUCUGCAGCCUGUAAGUUUUAUCCAAGGAAGGGGGUUAGACAGGCACAUCCGUAGGGAGAGUCCAGCUCUCCCUCCCAUUCACUGUGGAUGCAUAUCUGAGGUAUAAGUCUGAAAGUGGGAGCAUAAGCAAAUGUCCUGGAAGCAAAUUAAAAUGCACAAGGCAUUAAGACUGGUGUCUGAAACAGGUAUGUCCAUAUAUGAUCUUCACGGUGCAUUGUCUAGUGGCAGGCAUUUUGCACAUAGUUUCAAAGUCUAGAGAAGAGUUUUGGAAUUAAUUUCCAGUCUGCAUGCCUCGCGUUGCACAAGGGCUCAGGAAACAAACACAAGACCUGUGUUGUUAAGGCUGCAAGCUUUUAUAGCUGUUUGCUGAGGACCAACUUCAGUGGGGAUACAAAUUAAGAAUUUGAAGGUAGCAUUUCCUUCUAACGACAUAUUAUGUUUGCUUUAUAUAAAAUUGCCAUACAUACAUUACAUUCUUUACAGAUAAACUUAAACAAAAAGGGGGGGUUGCUUGCAAUGUGGAGACAGAGGCAAAGGGUUUCAAAGAGUCUGAAAAUGAACAAGUGCAAUUGCAUGCAUUUAGCUUAUAGAAGAGGAGGAUUGUGAAUGGCAACUUGCAAUUUUAUAAACCAAAGCUUUCUUGCACUUCCUUCAGUAUCUCAAAAAGGCAACUCUCCUGUAGUUUUAAUAAUAUGCAGAUGUAUCCAAGCAAGAGGAGGUAGUUAAUCAGCUGAUAGCCCUGUGUAUUGUAGGGGAAAAACACCCCACAACGUGUAGUGCUUACACAUGUUUUGAAAAGUGUUUGAUGUGGGUCAGUGGUGUGAAGUAGUACCUCAGCCCUGCUCCACGUUCCAGAUCUUAGGAAUAUGUCAUUUGUAAGUUUGCCUUCUGUUGUUGAACUGCCCACCACGUGUAAAUGGGUAAAAUUUCUGUAAAACCUUUCCUAAUACAGUAGUUUCAAACAGAGCUUUCUGAACUUUUCAUGUUGAUGAUACAGUACUCUUUUUAAACAUGUGUCAUUUUGCGAAACAGUAAUUAAGUUUUACUAGGAAACAGGAGGCUAAACUAACCCCUUUCCAGCCCUGGUAGGAGCAAGCUCUGGUUUUUUGUUUUUUGUUUUAUUAAAGAUUUUGUUGAUUUACAAAAGUGUGCAAUAUCUCUCUCUCGUGUUUUUUCUUCCCCUGUAACAUUUUUACAAAUCAGUUUCAUUUGUUGAGACAUUAGGAAGAAAAGGGGAAAGAGGUGGAGGAGGGGAAAGAUGGAUGAGGGUGGGGUCGGGUGGCGAUGUUUCUAUUUUACUUACUAUAUGUAGGGUUUGGUGUGAGCGUUGCUUGUGCAGGUUCUUUGCUGUUCGCUUGUGUUCCUUUGGUGGUGAGAGAGGUUUGGUAAGCUCUGGUUUAAAGGAAGCAGUUUGUGUGGGAAUGCCUUACUUUGCCAGAAGAGGUCCCCAUUUGACAACUUAUUGAAGUUUUUGAUAUGCUAUAAAUAAAAAUAGAACCGAGCUGUCCUGGUGUUAAAUGCGAUGGUAAUGAAUAAAAUAAUACAGCAAUGAUUAAAAGGUAUUGAUCUAGUAUUAAAGUAGCUGUUGACUUUUGUGGUUCAUAUUGAUGGCUUUGCUGUGCACCAUUUAGAGAUUUUUAAAAUAUGAAGUGGUUUAGAAAUGAGCUUUAGGUGUGGAAGGAAAACAGCAAAUGAUUGUGGAUGAAAAGUGGUGGGAACCCACUGACCUUCUAGAUGUUGCUGAACAGCGCCACCCGCGUCCCUCUACCCACAGCGCCACCCGCGUCCCUCUACCAACCAUUCUUAGAUGUGCUCAUUCAUAUAUCAGCUUGCAUCCCUAUAAUUCACAGAGAACCUAAUGGCAUGUACCAUGCCAGAGGCACCUGAAAGUAAAAAUAGUGUUUCUGAUCUUAACCUUCCAUAUUUAUGUCAACAAAAAGGCUUGUGGCACCUUAAAGACGGAGCAGAUUUAUUACGGCAUAAGCAUUUGUGCAUCAGGGUGCACUUGGACCUUGGUGCAUGAAAGCAUAUGCUACCAUAAAUGUGUUAAGGUGCCACAAAUCUCAGUUGUUUUAUUUUUUGUGGCAAACGACUAAGACAGCUACUUAUUUGGAAGAUGGCACAUUUAUGACAACAUCAAACAACUUGCACUGCUUGAAGGAGAAAGGCCAGUGGCAGAGAUUUUGGCAGGACACCCCCCUCCCCAUUUGCAUUAUCUUUUUCAACCAUCUUCUAAAACUUUUUAAACAAGCAGGCUUUUUAAAAUCCCCAAACCCAUUCACUCAGGGGACUUAAUGGAGGCCUGGGGCUACUUGACCUUUACCGAAGUUAAAAUGGUUACCAGUGCGGAGGAUUUUCCCAUAUUAGGUUGCUGUUGGUGCCUGUACGGCAAAUUUGCGCGGUUUCCUUACAAACAUUGUUUUUCAGAGCAAUAAGCGUCUCUCUCACCACGGAACAGAACUCUUGCAGGCUUCCUUUCCUUAGGAAAGUUAAUGCUGAGCUGUUUCCCCCUUUCCUCUUGAGCUCUCCGGUUUCACAAAUAGCAUUGUGGCAGCAAGAGUUAACAACAAAGAUCUGUGAAAGGAAAUCUCCACCACUUGGAAACAGCUUGGCAACAGUCCUCACUUUGAAGAAGUGGGGGGGGGGGGUGAGAAGAGAAAAUAAAAUGAAAAUACUGUAAAUCCAUUCUCUGGGCAGAAUUGGCAACAACAGGAAAGUAUCCCCCCCCCCCCGCGAUUAUUGCAAAAUUCUGCUUAGCUUUGAAUUUUGCCUUAAAAAAGGGGGGGGGGCAAUAUCAUGUGAACUUUUAGCUCUCUUCCUUUGUUGGCCUGCUGUGUCUUGCCCAUUUUAUCUGUUUGAAAGGACCGCUGUAAAUCUCCACCACACAUUCCUUGCAGGGGAAAUUUUCUGAUUUCUUAUGCCAUGCCUUUUAGUUUUCUUAUCUUGGUGCUCAGAGUGACGUAUGCUUAAGCCCAUCGAAAGCAAACCCAGGCCACAGCACUCUGAGCAGCUUGGCCAGCAAGGAGUUCCUGGGCCAAGCCAAAGUAAGAUGAAUUCCUCAUGCCAGCUUGUAAGAAGCCAGUGUAGUUUGGCUAGUAUCUUAACAUCCAUAGCAUGAGCAUUGUAUUAACAGCCUUCCAGGCCUUCAAACGUUACCAUUUUCGGGCACUGCCUGGGUUCCCUUUACAUUCCUCCUGAUGUUUAUUGGGCUGAAUGCCUUUUCACUACUUUUCCUUUGGCUCAGUGGCCUCCUAUAAAUAUUUGGCUUCUGCUUGGCAGCUGCAGUGCAGGUUGGCAGCGUCGUAGUAGGAGGAAGCAUAAUAUUUAAAGAGCGUGUCUCAUUUAUGCAUGGUUGCCACUUAAUCCAAUGCUUUCUCAGAUGAAACUUGCUGACCGUAGAGAGAGACUCCGAAAGGUGAGGGAUGUGAUAAUGUUAGGGUGGGCAAAGAUAUUUCGUAGCCCUACCUGGAGUUGCCAGGGACUGAACCUGCGAUCACCUGCUUACAAAUAAUCGACUCUACAACUGAGCUAGCUGCAGACGUUAAACAGUUUUCCACAGAAAUGUUUUAGAAGCCAAUAGUUAAAAAUGUCACAACUGUUUACUAGCAGAGCUGGCCCUACUAUUAGGCAGAGUGAGGCCACUGCCUCAUGAAGCUGAUUUUGGGUGUCAUGAAAUAAUAGCAAAUUACUGUUUUGAUUGUUGUUGUUUAACUCCCAAGGUGAGAUGCCUGUGAGAUUUUUUUUUUCCAUUUUGGGGGCCAAAAUGUGAGUACUGCACACCUUGACUGGGGGAGGGCACUUGGAAUUUCUGCCUCAGGUAGGAAAAUGUAUUGGGCUGACUCUCCAAAAGAAACACCAAAGCAAAAGGCUAUGACAUUGGAAGGAUUUGGAUGUGUGGUGGGCUUCCUUAGGCUGGGUCUGGUGUGUGUGUGUGUACCUUCUCUCUGUCUCUGUUCUGAUGUCUGCAGCUGAAUCUGAAGAGAAACCUGAAAUUGAACUUAUAUAUUAUAUUAGUUGGACCUGGAAGCUUUUGCUUUUCUUCCCUUGUGCUAUGGUGCUGCUCUCUGUUUUAGUUUUUUUUGGGUGGGGCAAAACUGCAGACUGCAGGUGAAAAUGGAUGGUGGAUGAGACACGAGGAGUAAUAAGCUUGGGGCUGCUUUGUGCAUUCGGCGAAAUAGUGGGAAAGGGAUGCGCAACUGAUGUGCUUCCAGGUAUUGCGAAAGGAGAACGGGUGCAUCUCUCCUGCAAAGUGAUGCACAUUUGGAACACUGACAUCUUGCCAGAGAGGAGCUAACAGUUCCUUAUGAAACUGCUGAGUCAACAUUGUGCCAGCCAUCUCAGGACCUGGUUCACUGCGGAAAUGAUUAGCAGUUCAGUGCAAUAAGAUGGAUAUAUUUUAAAAAUUGACUCGAAGUAUUGUUGCAUGUUAAGACUAAUGGACCUCAUAUUACCUGCCAGGAGAGUGGUUAAUACUAAAUCAAGCAAUUUCUGGUGCUUCCACCGACCUACACCGUAAGAAAUGAGUCUUGAGUCUUUGCUCCAAGCAGAUUGUAAUUUAGAUUUUUAAACAGUAGCGGAAGUGAUAAGGGAGAUGUAGGAAAGUUAUCGGCUAGGAUGAAGUUGAAUGAAUGCAAUCAAGUGCAGUUGCACGUGGGCUAUUUUCCAUUAGCAUCUCCCUUUUCAAAGAGAGAAGCUUUUAUUAAUUCUCCUCACUUCUCCAAAUACUCAAGGCUGCCUAUGCUUUUGAAAAACACGAUGAAAACCAUAGACAUCAGUAUGCAGCCCCUGUAAAGCCAGCCAGUCGAAGUAGAUAAUGACACAUUCUUAUGUGAUUGUAUACCAGUCCCUGCCUGUUUAAUUUUAUAUACUGAUAGUUGGGUGGGAAUAAAAUAUUUUAGUAAUUACCUUGAGAGUGUUGGAGCAUUUCAAGGAAAGAACAACCAGCAGUCGAUUCCUUGUUUUACGGAUUCUGCUUUUCCUCCUGGAUUGGUGGUUGCUGAGACAUCUCCUGAAAAGGAGAAUAAACGCGAAAAGCGAAUGAUGGCAGAAAGCUACAUCUAGAAAAGCAUCCCUGUCAGGGGAGAUGGUGAUGUUUCUCAAAGAUGCAGAAGAAGCCUGUCCAGCGGUUCGAUUCCUGAGCCGAGAAAUCUGCGCUUUCCUCAUCGUCUGUACGAAACCUUGUCCUGCCUUGGCAGUCUCUAUGGCCUGUGGUCUCCUAGUGCCUUGUGGCUUUGGUUGCCAGGAAUCCCAAGCUUUUCAUUGGCAGAGAAGCCCACUGAGCUGGCCCUCUUUUUAUAUAAAGCCCACCCCCCACACCCUCCAGCGCACAGACAGCCGAGGCUGUUCUGCUCAGAGUGUGCAGAUUCCCGGGGCUCUGCCGGCCCCUGUUUUCAUUGGCAAACGGGAUAGGAUUUUUGAUCUCUCGAAAACAAAAGUGCUACAGUCUCUCGGCUUCGGCUGAGAAGACUCUGCUGCAGCAAUUGUUUUGCCCCCCCCACCGCCAGAGAUGGUUUUAACUGCUUAGCCACCGAAGUAGCAGCGGCGACAGCAGCAGCAAAGCCUUUGAUGGAACGUCCUGAGAAUUUGCAGAGAGAAAGGAGGGAAGAAGCUCCCUUUUAAAUCGCUCCCGAGAAAGUUGGGCGGCAUCGUUUGAAUCGCCGAAGUUUAUGUAUUUAUUUAUUGUUGUUCUUCAGUGCACCAGGAAAAGGAUACUGGAUGCGCUCCCCUGAUUCCUCAAGUCAGGUACCUUUGGAAUUUUCUCCUCUCUGCUGUUCUCUUUUAUGGUUCAAAACCCUUUCCUCCCACACUCUGGGAUGGAAAAAGGGUCAAUUCUUCCAUGGAUGUAAAAUCUUUGAUACCUGUUUUGCUUGCCUUGUUUAAACAGGUCCCUUUUCAUCUCAGCUCCUCACUUACUGAUUUCUGUGGCUAUUUAGUAGGUUUGUUUGUUUAUAUAUCUAUAAAAGCAAAUCAGAAAUGUCAGGUGCUUAGCCCUUGGAUCUUCUAUUUUAAUUCUCAGGUUUGUGGAAGAUGCCUUACAUUCUUAGGUGUUGCAUGUUGUCUUGAUGCUGUUGAAAUGUAAUUUGCUUUGAGGAUUGAGGAGCGCAUUGGAAACAUAAAAAAUUUGCUACCUUUCUGCACCAAUGUGCCUUUUUUUAAGCUAUAUGAAACAAAAGUAAUCUUUCACAAACUGGAGAUUGACUUUUAAAAAAAAAAGAAAACAAGCAGAUCAAUACGUAUCGUUUAUAUACAGCUUUAGGUUGUUCAAUGUAUUAUCUAGAUAAAAACCCUGAUAUAUGACCAACAGGAAGUUAUGAAUGUUGGGCUUAUCUGUGGAAUGGAAAAUUAUUCUCUCUGUAAUCAAGGAGGGACUACUCUCUCCCCCCCCCCCAUUCAGUUAUUGUUUUUAAAACUAGGAUUCUGAGAAUUCUAAUUUGUGGAUAAUAAAAAAUGUCAGCGAGGCCCUAGGUGGGCAGUAUGUAAUGCAUCCUCGCUAUCUCUGUUUUUCUUUUUUCUUAAGGACUAGCAUGCUGAUCUGGAAGUGAAUGCUGCUGACAGUGGAAUGCGGUUCCAAGUGCACUUAGAAUUAAAGCCAUAGUUUUAUUUCUUCUCGUGCCAGAUUUGGAAAACUCCCAUGCAGCAAGUUUCUUUGGCAGUCUCCCAAGUCUAUUUGUGCCUCCCAUGGCUUGUUUGUAAGCCUAACGGUUUUCAAGACAGUAUACUAUAGCAAAUGGGGGUGGGGAACCCAUUGUUUCCCCGGCAGAGGCUAAAGGCACUUUGUGGUGAAAAGGGGAAGGAAAGGCCUUGUGUGAUGUUAUGCUGAAUGGUUUAUUUGUUUUUUAAAUGCUUGAUUGUUCAUACUUGCAUCUGUACAUCAAAUACAUAUCUUCCUUAUUUUACAUAAGUCAGUUUUAUCAAAAUGAAAACCCAACAAAAGAAUAUAAGUCCUCCUACAAUAUAUUUAGUAAAUAAGUUUGACUUCCUGUCCUUUCCCAAUUUUUCCACUCUAAUAAACCUAUUACCUCAUGAAACAAUAAUUUUCAUACAUAUAUAAAUCUGUUUUCUCCCUUUUAUAUGCCGAAUGUUUUUAGAGAUGGACUUAGGGCCAGGGCCUUUUCAGUGAUGGCUCCAACCUGGUGGAAUGCUCUGUCCCAUGAGACUAGGGCCCUACGGGCCUGUAAGACAGAGCUAUUCCACCUGGCCUUAAAUUUGAAUUCAGCCUGAUCUUUUAUUUUCCCUUUCUUCCCUCCCCCUCCCCUUUUAUGAAGAUUACCUGCUCUGGGACCCCACAGCUAAUUCUCCCCUGGCCUCCUCACUGGCCCAUGUAGGACUAAUUCAGCCAGCUAGCCCUGGUGACUAUCUAAUAUUUAUUGAAUGGAUUUCCCCCAAAUUGAUUUUUGAACUUUGGAUUUUAUUGUCAUUCAUGCUUUUAUACUGUAAUUUAUGCUGCUUCUAUGUUGUAUUACAAUUGAGUGUUUUAAAUUUGUUGUUAGCCGCCCUGAGCCUGGUUUUCUGAACCGGGAAGGGCGGGGUAUAAAUAAAAAUAUAUUAUUAUUAUCAUUACUAUUUAUUAGGCUGCAAUCGUGUAUCCCAGGAGUAAGCCGCCAUUGAACUCAAUGGAGCUUAUACCUGAAUAUGUUGUUAUAGGAUUGUGCUGUUAAUUAGCUCGGAGGGCAUCAGAACAUUUUGCACAGCCAUGCGCAGCCCAUGAGCCUUUUUGAAACCUUCAGAAUGAGGAUACGGGAAGGUUUGAAAUGGAUUUGUGUCCUGGGAGUGGCUUCAUUGGUCUGCUGUAGCAAAAGCAACCUUAUAGCUGCAGCUGGUUUACUGUGUUAUAUGCAAAUCAUAUCCACACCAUGGCUUCCCCCAAGGAAUCCUGGGAACUGCAGUUUAUGAAGAGUGCUGGGGAUUGUAGCUCUCUGAGGGGGUAAACCACAGAUCCCAGGAUUCUUUGGGGGAAGCGACGUGCUUCAUAUGUGUGGUAUGGAUGUGACCCCAAGGUUUUUGUGGGCUAGAAACUUGCCCCAUCUUCAUCAAAGAUGUUUGAAGUAGUUCUCUUUAUACUCCUUCUUGUAUUGCUCAAACCUUUGGCUUACCUUUUGUAUCGGAGAAAAAAAGCAACUAUGUGUGUAGGACAAUGGACCUAUCCCAGCAAACACUUGAUGCAUGUGAUAUAGUAGGAUAGUGGUUUUCAUCCUUUUCGAGCCCACGUCUUUCUUGACAAGCUACAUUCUUUCUGUGGCUUCCUUGUGGACUGGGACGUGGGUGGCACUGUGGUCUAAACCACUGAGCCUCCUGGGCUUGCCAAUCAGAAGGUCAGCGCUUCGAAUUCCUGCGAUGGAGUGAGCUCCUGUUGCUCUGUCCCAGUUCCUGCCAACCUAGCAGUUUGAAAGCACACCAGUGCAAGUAGAUAAAUAGGUACCGCUAUGGCAGGAAGGGAAACUGAGUUUCCAUGCGCUCUGGCUUCCAUCACGGUGUUCUGCAGCACCAGAAGCGGUUUAGUCAUGUUGGCCACAUGAUCCAGAAAACUGUCUGUGGACAAAUGCCAGCUCCCUCAGCCUAAAAGCGAGAUGAGCGCCGCAAACCUAUAGUCACCUCUGACUGGACUUUAACCAUACAGUGGUCCUUUACCUUUUACCUUUUUACACUGGGGUUCCGUUACGGGAUGCUUUCACUUUGAGCAAAUAGACUCUUCCUACCCUUGCUGUCGGCAAACUGUAACAAUGAAGUCACAGCUAACAAGAGGAAGCUCUGGUCCCUAUGUUGUUUUUUGGCUUCCGUAACCAGGCAGCCAAGAAUGGUGCCUAGGAACUCAGACUUCCCCUAACUGGUGCCCUCAAGAUCUUGCUGGACUAUAACUUCUAUCAUCCCUGACCAUUGGCAUUGCUAGAUGGGACUGAUGGGAGCUGGAGUGCAGCAAUAUCUGGUAGAAAAAAAAGGAUGAGGUAACUGGGGAACCAAAGUUUCCUGAACGAUGUCUACGGGGCUGCUAUUUUGUUUGUGUUUGGCAGGUCUAAUUUUUGAAAAGUGGAGUGCUGGGAUUUGGGCUUUUAUGGCCCUCCCUCUGCCUGAUCUGCAAGCCCUACCACACCCUAGAUUUGUGAGGUGGGAAUGCAGCCUGCAUCUUCAGAAACCCUUAGGUUGGUUCAUGCGUGCCUCGGCUAAGUCUUGACGUUGGUAAUGGGUAUCAGGUCUGGCUCAAAUUAAGCCCUGGACUCUAAAAUUACACUUCUGCAGGCACUGAGACGUGUCUAUUAUGGAGGGUGUGCUGCCAGCUGUCUGACGGGAUCAGCCUUUUUGUUCGUAACCCGGCUCCAAACCAUGCCUUGUCACAGAACUAUUGUUAAGAGGCCUUAUAAGGAGCUAUAAGGCAGUCUGUCUGUCUGCCUCUGGAUGUCUUUCUGUCUUGUUUUCAGUAAUUUGGUAGAGUAGUGAAGCAAUCUUAAGCUCGCAUGCGCCAGAAAAGUAAUUGGCCUUUAAAAAAUUAAGAUUGUUAUCUAAAUCUAGGACAUGUGCUAAAAAGAACCUAGAUAUUCUUGCUGAAGGAGUGGGGAGGAGUGGGGUCAUGUCUUGCUGGCCUUUUUGUAGUGUCCUGUGAAAGAUCACUUUCACACAAAAUGUGUGGGGCAGUAUGAAAUGCGCCCCUGUUGCUGAGACAAUGAGGUUGACCAUCCCUCCCUUGCUGUAUUGCAGAGAGGAUGGCCAGGUAAACUGCCGCAGUGUUUUCUCUGUUUCCUUGGCAGUGGGUGUGGGAAUAUUCAGGGAGGCAGGAGAGGAUAUAUUGUUCAAUGAUAUCCUUCCUAACUUGUGUUAGCAAGUUCUAUGUCUUAGCAGAGUUUAAACAUUCCCCUUUAAACUCACAGCAGUUUGCUUGUUGUAGGUUCAUCUGUACCUCUCUAUAUAAAAUUCCUGGUAAGAUCCCUUCUUGUCCCUCUUUAAAAGAAUAGACACGACAAUCUUAUUAAAGUCUAUACAGUGGUGCCCCGCAAGACGAAUGCCUCGCAAGACGAAAAACUCGCUAGACGAAAGGGUUUUGCGUUUUUUGAGUCAUUCCGCAAGACGAAUUUCCCUAUGGGCUUGCUUCGCAAGACGAAACGUCUUGCGAGUUCUUGCGAGUUUGUUUCCUUUUUCUUAAAGCUGCUAAGCCGUUAAUAGCCGCUAAGCUGCUAAUAGCCGCUAAGCCGCUAAUAGCCAUGCUUCGCAAGACGAGAAAACCGCAAGACGAAGAGACUCGCGGUACGGAUUAAUUUCGUCUUGCGAGGCACCACUGUAUAAAAGUAAUUUACUCACAUUCAUUCAGUUCACAGUUGGAUCCCUGAAGGCAGACUCAGGUUACAAAAGUAUAUAUACAUGCGGAACUAUCCUAUAAGGGAUUCAGGUAUGUAGCCGUGUUGGUCUGACACAGUCAAAAUAAAUAAAAUAAAUAAAAUAAAUAAAAUAAAUAAAAUAAAUUGUCUAGUAGCACCUUAGAGAGCAACUAAGCUUGUUCUGGGUAUAAGCUUUUGUGUGCAUGCAGUGGCAGGCAAUCACUUCUGCUAACAUGUAGAAAAACAAAACUGAGAAGAAGGAGCAAAAGAAGAGCGUGUGCUCCCCUACCCAGUUUAGGCCACGCCCACUUCUAGUCACAUGCAGAGGAAGUUUGUCCCAGCUCGGGAGGAAACAGUAAGUUUUCUCCUGGUUGGUACAAAGCAUCACCUAGCAUGUCCAUUCUAGGAAUGUUGAACUUGACUGCUAUGUGUUUCACAUCCCACUGUGGGUGGGUGGGUGGGGGGGUACUCCCUUGCAUGCAGGGCAGGGGUAGCCCUGUUUGUUAUCAGUAUUACCCCACAUGGCCAAAUAUGAUAUCAAGCAUGACUUCAUCUUGCUCCCUGCCUGAUCCUGGAUUGAGUGGGAUUACUCAAGGAGGUAUAUAGAAUGGCAGCAAAGUUGAGAAAUGUAUACUGCAAAGUAUACAGCUGGGCAAAGAGAGGAUGGGGGGGGGCAUCAUUUGCCCCCUCCAAAAUCACAACUUUCUUUUUGUCCUGAGAAUGUUCAAACAUUCAGCCACAGCCCUAAUUCACUGUACAGUGGUACCUCGGGUUAAGAACUUAAUUCAUUCUGGAGGUCCGUUCUUAACCUGAAACUGUUCUUAACCUGAGGUACCACUUUAGCUAAUGCGGCCUCCCGCUGCCGCUGUGCGAUUUCUGUUCUCAUCCUGAAGCAAAGUUCUUAACCCGAGGUACUAUUUCUGGGUUAGCGGAGUCUGUAACCUGAAGUGUCUGUAACCCGAGGUACCACUGUACAGAAAUUAACACAAGGUGGGACUGUCAAAUCCACUUAUUUACUUUUGCUGUCAUUUUGAAAACUGCUGUUACUGAAACAAGCAGACUGAGGAUUGUGGCAUAGGUUGCAUUUUUAAAAAAUUCAGACUUUUUUUACAUACAGAUGUAUUUCUAAGCUGCAUAACAUUUUAAACAUUUGUAAAACGAAAACACUAAAACAAUGUAAUAAAAGCUGAGAGGAAAAACAGAAGUUCAGAGGUAGUGGUACAGGGUCCAGUCUUAUGGAUCAGAGAAAGCCUUUGCGCAUAUGCCUUUACAAGACUCCUAAAGCAAACAAUUGAUGGUGUUUUUCUUUUAUUUACAAAUAUGAUCUCAAUGGAUGUUUGACUUUGGAAACCAUGAUGUUUCCAAUCUAUUAUGUAACGUUAAAGAAGUGUUUGUAAUUCAUGAUUUUGAAUCGGGUAUGUGCCCCAAAUGCUAUUUAACCAGGAAAAAUAAAUAUUGGGAGGAAUCGACCUGGUUCUCUGUUUUGCCAGUUUCCCCUCUGCUUUGGCAGAGACUGUGGCAAUGGGGAUGGAUCAGCUAAGAUAAUCUCUGCUCUUCUGUUUGUUCUCCUGUUGGUUCAAGCAACCUCGUCUCCCAGAAUUGCAGAAUAGGUACAACCCAAUGAAAACAAUACAUGUAAAAUCAUGCUAGUUACAUAAAUUCCCGACCUUAUGCAUAUGUGCCCCAUUGCAUUCAACGAAAUCUUACCUGCAUAUAAGACAGCACAUUGCAGGAUUGCAACCUCCCUCAAGAGCCCUUGAAAUUAGUGGAGCUUAUUUCUGAGUAGACAUGUAUGGGAUUGCAUUAUAUGCAUGCUCAACGUAAGGAGAUUGACAUUUUUAUGGCAUUCAGUGUCGCAAAAUGUGGAAUUGUCUGCUAGGAUAGAUAGUUUAAAAUAAUAAUAAUAAUAAUAAUAAUAAUAAUGAGGCAGAUGAUGGAGGAUUGGCUGCUAUUAGCCUGCUUGUCAUCUUCCCAAAAGCAAUUGGAUAGCAAUUGUUGGAAAUGCCAUUUCAGUGUUUUGUAUACCAAACGGAUCACUGCGCUUUGCAAGGGAGGGCCUCCUUCCUGCCAGUAAUACCCAUUAGGAUAUCUCUUCUGUGCAAGGUAGGAAUUGUGUAUUUUCUGUGGUAGCACCUAAACAUCUCUGUUGUCUUUUUGAGAUGAGCAUAAACAGUUGUGGAGUGUAAAGUGGGACGUCUGCUAAAACCUUUGUUUGCACUGGGCAGGGUGGUGUGCAGGGUUAAAGAGCCCUUGUGCUUUGGCAGCUCCCAGAGAGAUGCAUAAUGAGACGUGGUGUUUGGGAAGCUCACAAGGACUUCAGCUGUUGUCUCCUGCAGUUAUAUGCUGCUGGCCAGCUCGUAUUUUCCAUUGCAAGUCUUGGCCUUCUUCCACCUCACUCACCUUCUUUCAUGCUCAUAGCUCCUAGAAACCUUAUUGACAUUUAUAUUCUAACUUUCCUCCAAGAACUUCAAGGGGGUACACACGCAUGGUUCUCUGUAUCUCCAUUUUGUCCUCAAAAGGCUGAGAGACUUUGGGCAAAUGGCCCAAAGUCACACAGCCAGCUUUGUGGCAGAAUGGGGAUUUGAACUCUUGACCUCUUGGGUCCUAACCUGACACUUUAACCACUAUACCACAUUGGCUGUCCUGAUGGGAGUUGCAGUCCAACAACAUUUUGAGGACCACAGAUUCUCCAUCUCUCCUGUAAAGGCUGUUAAUCUGACAAAAAUACAGUUGUACCGUGGUUGAUGAAUGCCUUAGCAGUUGAACGUUUUGACUCCUGAAAGCUGCAAACCCAGAAGUGAGUGUUCUGGUUUGUAAGCGUUCUUUCGGAAACCAAACAUCCGGCGGGGCUCCUGCGGCCGAUCGGAAGCCGCGCCUUGGAAGUUGAACGUUUUGGAAGUCGAAGGGACUUCUGGAAUGGCUUCCUUUCGGCUUCCAAGGUACGGCUGUAAAUCCAAAGUUAGGUAUUGGAAUAAAAAAACUGUAGUGAAAGGGGCAUAGAUCGCAUCGUUUUCUGUUUUAAGGCCAGACCAUCAACACAUCCCCUCCUGCCUGUGACACACCUAGAUUGAGGUUGCGGUGUACCAUAUUUGGAGAGCAACUGUACCCCUACGGCUGCUGGAGGAACGAUUGGCUGUAGGUGACAGAAAAGCUGUGUGUCACAGGGAAAGGCAGAAGCCCCCUCCCUUUCUCUCUUCGCACCUCCAAAUACAGUGGUCAGGCUUCCCACCCCCAAAUUUCUCUCCGUGCUGCUCCCUUUCCAGUUACUAGCAGGUAGAUGGUUCCGAAGUAAGUUUUAUUUGGGUGGUUGCUAGGCUGCAUGUGUAUAAUCUGGCCAUGGGUAAGAACAACUUCUAUGAGUUGACGAGAGCCUUCCGAUAAUAAGCAUAUUGCCUUUCUGGGCUAACCUCAGAUUGCACUGCAGCAGCUCCAAGCAAAACUGGAGAGCGCCAGGGUCCCCUGCCCUAAAACAGGGAGGGAGAUUUUUGCUGAACUGCUUUGUGAUGUUCAUCUGGUCCCCAUUAACUGGUCUAGUGCUACUAGUCACAUAGGAUAAAACACAACCAGAGGUGGAUCAGGGGCUUAAUUCUAUUUUGUAAAGUAUUGUAUUCAUGUAUUUAGAAUGGCCGUGUACUGCAUUUAAUAACUUGCCCCAUCGCCAUAGACUAUCAAGAACCCCAUACCGGGGAAUGAGCAGGCUGGUGGAGGCAAUGGUUUUUGUUUUGCUUUUAAGAAACAUACUUUGCAGGGCACUCCCCCCCCCCCCUUACAGACUGUGCUCUCAGGUGUCUUAAUUCUUUCAGUGUGGAAAUAUUAUGAGUGUCUUGUAAACAUGGUCGUUGCUGUUUUCAGGAUUCUCUAAAUUGGCAGGAGGAAUGGUGGUUUUUGCUACGAAUAGAACAAAAUCAUAGUCUUGAGUUUCCAAAUAUACAUCCUUUUGUAUGCUGUGUGCUUUUCCCCAGGCCAAAGCUUACACAUGAGUGUUUCUUGUUAUCUUAAGUGCUAUGUAGCGUUUGGGUUUUGCCUGGGUGUUUCCUCUUAUACUGGGUCGAAAACCUCAUACUGAUCCUUAGGUUCUUUCCCUUCUCUUGGCUUCUGUACGAAGAGAUUUCUGGUCACCAUGAAGAGCAGUUCUUUGCAGCUAUAGAUAACCACUUCAUUCUUCUUCUUUUAUGCAGAGGCAUCAAUAGAUGUGGUGCCUGUAGAAUCAACAUGAGCAAAAACACACCAAACCCAGUUUUAUGGUUUCACACACACCCUCUCUUUCUUGACCCAAAGUACAUCACAAGAUUGUGGGGUGAUAAGAUGCAUGCCAUCCAUAGCUCUUUAGAGGAGCAGUGAGAUACGAAAGAAAUGGCAACCCAUUUAUUUAUAAAUGCUAUUUAUUGUGUUAUGACACCAUAAUUAGGGGCCUCUCCAAAUUUUCCUUGUAUUUGUGCAUUCAUGAUGAUUUGUUCAUGUGAUAGUAUUGGGUAGAUUAUACAUGAUCCUGCUUUCAAAAUUGUUUGCUUUUGCAAAAGCUUUGGGAGCAGACACUCUGCUUCAUUUCUAACCAGUGCAUGCCCUGUGGCUUCCUGCUGAAAUCCUGCAAACGUCAUACUGCAAACGUCCCCAGGUUGUUUUUUUUGUCUCACUUUUGUUGCACAAGACCUCAAUAAUGUGAUAACACUGGGGGAAGAGCAUAGCAGAAAAAAUAAUGAAAUGAAAUGAUGUUUGGAUAAUACAGAAUGAAACUACCACGAAUUAUUGCAGUUGCAUCAGUGGCAUGCUGCAGAAUUUACCUUAAAAAACCCACCUAUCUAGAGGGGCCCAAGUCAAUUUUUAACGUGUAUUUCUCUGCUAUUAAAAGAAUACUUAUGGUCCAAAAACUCUAGUGGUUGUCUCCACCAUGGGGGGGAAAAUAUCCAUUUUUAAAUUUAUCCCAGAAUAUUCAAGCUGUUCACAACUCCCUUACAAUUCAAUUUUUGCUGUUAAUUGCAUGGCUUCAGAUGCUUCUCAGAUAAAACUGAAUUCUGGGCUAUAGGAUCCCUAUUGCAACCCCUGAAAUUGGCCCCAAGCAAGUUUUAGGAAUAGACCAUUAGUUCCUUUUAAAAAUGUGGGCAAUAGCCUGCUUCAGAACAAUAUUUUAAUUGAUGCUUGGAGAAGCUACUGGAAAUUGAGGCUUUAAAACUCCAUUUGGCUUAAGUACUCAUGUUUCACUGUGCAUAACAGUAAUAAAUUUGGGGGAAAGAAAUUUAAUCUCCCUCUUCAUGUAAACACACUGAGGUUCUAAUAAGCCAUCUAGAUUCCUUGGUUUUUGGCAAGCAGCUUCUUCCUUUGCACAUAUUUGAUGAAAAUUAUAUCUGUUAUGUCUAGGUUUCCACCAUUUCUCCUUACACUGAAAACAGAUGUUGUUAAUAAUAUUUCCUCAGCAGUGCAUGCCUCUGUUAAGUUAGUUCACGAUUCCAAUUAUCAUUGUGCGAUAUCCCUUCUAUCUUCUUGAAGCAAUAGCUGCUUCAGUGAAGUUGCCCAGUACAUUUAUACUGGUAGAUAUAGUUUAGUUUAGAGUAAUUUAGAAGCACAGAAUUUGUAGAGUCGGAAGGGAUGUUUUUGGACUACAACUCCCAUCAUCCCUAGCUAACAGGACCAGUGGUCAAGGAUGAUGGGAAUUGUAGUCCCAAAACAGCUGGAGGGCCAAGUUUGGCCACCACUGGCACUAUGAGGAUAAUUUAGUCCAACCCCCUGCAAUGCAGGUAUCACUUGCCCAACUUGGGGCUUGAACCCACGACCCUGACACUAAGAGUCUCAUACUGUACCAGCCAAGCUAUACCAGCCACAAGAGCACUUGGCAGCAGUGGGAUUCAAACCCACACCUCCAGAGACUUGCCCCAUAAGAUAGUCUCUCUUCCCAUUGACAUAUUAUUAUAGUAUGAAAUAACUGCAUGCACCCUAUUGUCAUUUUAAACGUGAAAAAAUAACUCCCAAGUUCUACCCUAAUGUUUCUCUUCAAGGCAACUAGAACAGCAUAGGGGUUUUUUAAUUUCAGCCCAGCAAUUGCAGAGCCUUGCUUGACAGCCUCCACUGCAGAUUUUAUUUGGUGAAUUCAGCCCUGUAUAUAGGCUGGAGGGUUUUCAGGGAUAUAAAUUGUUAAGUUGUGGGUGAACAUGUCAGACAACACAGCGAUUCUUCAAACAGCUCUUGUUUAUUCACAGGCCAGAACAGAACUGAACUGAAGGGUUCAGCUAGCCUGCUUAUAUAGAGGUCCACUAGAACGCAACAGCAACCAUUUUCUGUAACUAUCCAAUCACUGAAUGUUACUUUCAAUCCCUUAUUUGUAUAUGUGGACCUGAGUGAAAACUAUCUACAGUAUCCCCCUGCUGUCCCAGGGUGAGAACUUCAGUACAUAACAUAUAUAUUGGUCUAAUGAGUAACAACUAAACAAACCUCUACUAUCUUGCAGCUGUGCAAAAUUUCCUUUGCUGUGCAGUCAAGGUAAUUCUCAAUUAAUUUAUGGCUCAGUGAAAUUUCUAAGGUUUAACAUAUGACCUACUGGGCUACGAGCCUAUGUACGAGGAGGAUACUUAAUGUGUUACUGCUUUACCAAAGACAAAGGAUUAUUGUAAGGCAUUUCAGUCUCAUUAAUGCCUGAUUUGCUGUUGUCAAAAGCACUCAGCUCAUCUACCAGGCAGACUCUGCUUCUGUGCUGCACAGUCUGAAAGCCCCUUAGUGCCCAGUUUAAGAGGUCUUGGCUGCUGUUGACUAGUUUCUUCUUCAUUUAUUCUAUUCUCCGUUUGCAAGAUUGGAUUAUGGUGCAUCUGCUAUAUGUGAGAGUUUCAUGACUUAAGCGUAGUGCAGUAGGAUGGAGCAGGGUCUCUGUGUGGGAGACCCUGCUUUGUCACAGAGCUCCCCAUGUGCAAAACAGCACCUGCUCAGAUGUGAGCUCUAGGGAGACUCGAGGAAUUUGGUCUUUGCAAAUUGCUUUGCAAAAAGACCUGAUCUGCUCUUCUCAGACUAUAAUGCACGGGUCGGAACAUAGCUGUUGGGACCAUGUUCUAAAGUGUAGCUAGGCAAUGAAGCAGCUGUUACAGUGUUGGAAAGCUCUGAAGCGCAUAGCCCGCUAUUUGAAAGGGACUUUGCACUACAGGCUGAGGUUCACCAGUCAGAAGACUGGAGGUCUUGAAAUCUUUGCAGAUGCUCGUUUUGGAAGUGACACCACGGAUGGUACAAGCACUUCUGGAGUAUGCUACAUGUACAAUGGUUGUCUGUUUGACUGUCUGUGCAAGAAGCAGACGACAGUAAGCCUAAGUUCCUGUGAAGCAGAACUCAAUGCUCUGUCAUUUUCACUCAUGGAUUGUGAAUGGUUGAUGCAACUGUUUCAGGACAUCAGAGUUUCUGUUAAAUGUCCUAUACAAGUGUAUCAAGACAAUAGAUCCUGUUUGGCUUUGUUGAACUCAGUUGCAAGCAAAGAACCAAGUACUUGCAGAUUAAGCUACAUUGUGCAAGAGAGUGCAUUCAAAAAGGACUCAUUCAGGUGUCCUACAUGCCAGGAAAUGAAAUUCCUGCUGAUCUGUUGUCUAAGGUUGUUAACAGAGAACAACUUAAGGUUUAUGUACAGAGGUUGCAAUUGGGUUGAACCACAGGUACUACAGGUUACACGGAAAGGGGGAGAAUGUUAGGAUAUUUCCUAACAGCAGCAUGCUUAUUUUCUAUUUCUCCAGCUGUGGCAACAUAGCUUUUGUUAGUUGAGCUCUACAAGUACGCGUUUAAAUGCGUAUGUUGACAGAAAGUGCACAUGUAAAUAUUUUGAGAUGAUUCAAAAAACAGACAGGCCCACAGAUUAAUGUGGGAAUGAAAUGGAGCAACUCUGCCCCGCAGUGCCGAUAUCCACACGGCAAUGUUGCUCGUCCCAGAGUGUUAACUGUGCUGCAAAAGAGGUAUAAAGAAUUAAAACUCCUAGGCCUUUUCUUUUCUUUUUUGGAUAGCCUGUUUGUCAGCGAGAUGAUGACAGCUUUUGCCUGCUUUGUAUAGGUCCUCAUGGCUGCAGCCUUCAGUACAAUCACUCUAGGUUACAGUCCCACCGAAACUAGCAACACACUUUGAAAAUUAAUGGUUUGAAGACUCUUAAUAAGCCCUGCAAGGGAACUCUAAAUUUGAACUGUCUCCAUGCUGGAGCCCUGGUCGCAGGGCUUGUUGAUGUGCCACAGAGCGACAGGGCCACAAAUGUUCUAGGAGCAGGGUGAGAUCAGACGAAGAGGUGUUGCCGAUUAUAAAAAAGGCCUCUCCUGCUGCACAGGAAGUGUCUCUUGGCUCGGAUUGAGCUUAAUUAAACAGCCCGCAAAAGCUGCUGCCUUGGCUUGAGUGGGGAAAACAGGAACCUUUUCCUCCCCUCCUAGAACUGCGUGCCUAAUGUUCUUUCCGGCAAUUAUAAGGGGGCAGGCUGCUUUUGCUUCCAGUCCCUUUCUUCCUUUUUCCAAGCGGUUUUGGUUUCAGUUGGUUUGCAAAGGAACCCCUUGUGCUGAAAGGAACCUGGCGAAGUUUGCCCCCUCUGCAAAAAGUGGGCUACUUUUUGCAAUUCAUGUAUCUCUCCUUCUGUCACUGUUGACCCUUUGGCUUUUGACUGACCUCUGUUUUGAAGCCUUGAAGAAGCAAGGUGCUGUAAACCACGGCGCAAUUAGGAGAUACUGUGUAAUUCAUUGGGACAGCCUUACUGUUUUGUUUGUUGAAAAUAUUCAUUACUUGCUUUUCUUCUGUACAGGUGCUAGGGGUGGGAUGCAGAAUACGUAUUAAAUAGCAAUAUGUAUUAAAUAAAGUACAGUCAAACCUCCGUUUACGUAACCCUAUGGUUACGUAAACUUUGGGAUGCGCAUGCGGCAAACCCAGAAGCAUUUACUGGGUUUCUCCAUGUGUGCAUGCACAGAAGUGGUCUGCGCAUGUGCAGAAGCGUUCCUCAGGUUGCGGAAAACUCGGGAUCUGACCGGACCUCUGAAACAACAGAUCCCAUCUGCAACCGGAGGCACCACUGUAUAUAAUCAAAUAAAUACAGCAGCUGAAAACAAUAGUGCGGCUUAAACAAUACAGUUGUACCUUGGAUCCCAAAGGCCUUGCAAGUCGAAUGUUUUGGCUCCUGAACGGCGCAAACCCGGAAGUGAGUGUUCCGGUUUGUGGAUGUUCUUUGGAACCUGGACGUCAGAUGGGGCUUCCGCGGCUUCCCCUUGGUUUCUGAAUGUUUUGGAAGUCGAACGGACUUCUGGAACGGAUUCUGUUCAACUUCCGAGGUACCACUGUAAUCAGCUUUAAAUGCCUGGGCAAAUAAAACAGGUUGUGCCCAAUAAAGAUGUCCUGUUUUCACAAGGACUUCUGCUUGUACAACAGAAAUUCCCCUCCUCUUCCAUUUGUGUGUCUCCCAAAUAUAAUUUUUUUUGGUGGUGCAUUUUGUUGAAUAAAACCCAGGGUCUUUUAAAUAAAGUAUUGUUGUUGUUGUUGUUGUUGUUGUUGUUGUUGUUGUUGUAACAAUAGCAGAAAAUAUCUAAAAAGUAAAACAGAACUUUCUACAAGAAUACAGGAUCUACUUAGACUUAGAACAUAUAAGACAAACUGGCACAUAAAAUUGCACCUACCUGCCAAAAAAACUUAAAAAAGAAAAGAAAAGCUGACAUCUGAAACCAAACAGAAGAGUGACUAGUGGGGUGCCGCAGGGUUCUGUCUUGGGCCCAGUCUUAUUCAACAUCUUUAUCAACGACUUGGAUGAUGGACUCAAGGGCAUCCUGAUCAAAUUUGCAGAUGACACCAAACUGGGAGGGGUGGCUAACACCCCAGAGGACAGGAUCACACUUCAAAACGACCUUGACAGAUUAGAGAACUGGGCAAAAACAAACAAGAUGAAUUUUAAUAGGGAGAAAUGUAAAGUAUUGCACUUGGGCAAAAAAAAUGAGAGGCACAAAUACAAGAUGGGGGACACCUGGCUUGAGAGCAGUACAUGUGAAAAGGAUCCAGGAGUCUUGGUUGACCACAUACUUGACAUGAGCCAACAGUGUGACGUGGCAGCUAAAAAGCCAAUGCAAUUCUGGGCUGCAUCAAUAGGAGUAUAGCAUCUAGAUCAAGGGAAGUAAUAGUGCCACUGUAUUCUGCUCUGGUCAGACCUCACCUGGAGUACUGUGUCCAGUUCUGGGCACCACAGUUCAAGAAGGACACUGACAAACUGGAACGUGUCCAGAGGAGGGCAACCAAAAUGGUCAAAGGCCUGGAAACGAUGCCUUAUGAGGAACGGCUAAGGGAGCUGGGCAUGUUUAGCCUGGAGAAGAGGCGGUUAAGGGGUGAUAUGAUAGCCAUGUUCAAAUAUAUAAAAGGAUGUCACAUAGAGGAGGGAGAAAGGUUGUUUUCUGCUGCUCCAGAGAAGCGGACACGGAGUAAUGGAUCCAAACUACAAGAAAGAAGAUUCCACCUAAACAUUAGGAAGAACUUCCUGACAGUAAGAGCUGUUCGACAGUGGAAUUUGCUGCCAAGGAGUGUGGUGGAGUCUCCUUCUUUGGAGGUCUUUAAGCAGAGGCUUGACAACCAUAUGUCAGGAGUGCUCUGAUGGUGUUUCCUGCUUGGCCGGGGGUUGGACUCGAUGGCCCUUGUGGUCUCUUCCAACUCUAUGAUUCUAUGAUUCUAUGACUGGCUGUUACUCAUUGCUGAAAUAUAUCAUACCAUACAUGGUCAUGGGUUGGGGGGGGGCUGCUGACCAGGACUACCUCUGUUUACAUAUUCAGCGAAGCUAUGCCAAGUUGUCUCAGAAACAGCACUGCUUGUGUUAUUUCUGACUGCUUCAACCAAACUGGGUUAGCUUCUCAGCUAAAGCUGCCUGCCAUUUAUUCCUCAUGCACGGAAAAAGAGAUAGACUUUAAGGCUGGAGGAAAGAGGCUUGCAAGUGCAUGGCAGGUAACAAAUCUAGGCUGGAUCUAGACCCAUCAAAGAAGCUUUUCUGUUGAACGCGUUGCAUACUUUGUAUGAAAAAUUGGGUAAGCAAAAACCAAACUCCACAGCGCCAUCUGGUGUGACAGUGUUAGAAUGCAUAAACAGCGCAUGUAAAGCGUUUUUUCUUUGCCAGUGUAGCUGAGUCCCUGGUGGAGACUUGCAAAUUGAUUAGGGCUGAAUAAGGUUUCCAGUGCUCCUUGCUCUCCUCCAUAACAAGCAAAAGCAGACUAACUUACAUAAAACUUAGUGGGACCCUCCCCCCACCCACUUGCAGCCCAAUUGUGUGCAUGCUUACUCUGAAGUAAGUCCCAUUGUGGUCCAAGGGACUUUAUUCCUCACCUUUCUUUUAUCCAAAGGAGGCCUUAAAAUGGGGUUGGGGGGUUGGGAGGGGCACACAUCCCUUCCAUCAGAAUGAAUGUGCACAAAAUUCUACAUUCAGGCAGAGGAGUGCUUUAAAAUGUUGUAGCAUCCAUGUCAUACUUUUUGCAAAUUUCUUAGUUUCAGCAAGAUUUACUUAGAUUGAGUAGGAUAUAAAUAAACAGGGAUUCAGGAUAACUCAUUUUACCUAGUCAACUAUGAUACAUGUCACCAGAUCCUAUGCAUGUUCACUAAGAUCCAAAUCCAAUGAGUGCACUUAUUCACAGCUGAGUGUGCAUAGGAUUUCUGUUUUAAAGUGGUUGCAUGCUGCUGAAGAGGUCAACGUUCUAAAGUUUAACUGAUUUUUUUUGUUCUGUUUUUUGCUACUUUAUAUAGCAAAAAAUGUUUUUUGCGUUAUAUAGCCUCCUCCCUCCUAAAAGUAUGACCUGGUUCACACACCAGAUUUAUUAAGCCAUAACUAAGUGUUAUGUGUGAACCCUGCCCAGAAACCUAACUGUGGUUUGAUUGCUACCAGCAAUUGUUGGCUAAAUAAUCUUUGUUUCAGCUAUGGCUUGGUGCUAUGUGUGAACCCAGCACCCUUCCUUAACCAUAGUGUGUUCGGCCACCCCACGCCAGAUGCUCACUAAACUACAAAACCAUGGGGCAAGAGCUGCUGGAGAACAAGACAAAUGUUGGACAAACAGGGUCUGUUUGAUUGUCUGUAGGACAACUCAUAGUUAACUCAUGGCUUACGAAAAGCCAUGGCUUAGCAUUAUAUGUAAACCAGACCUAUCAGUUUGCUCUGUUUCUUCACUAUGACACUGCUAUCUGUAUACAGUUUCUGAGCUUCGAUAAACUUUAUUGUUUUCAACUACAAUGGUACCUCAGGUUAAGUACUUAAUUCGUUCCGGAGGUUUGUUCUUAACCUGAAACUGUUCUUAACCUGAAGACCACUUUAGCUAAUGGGGCUUCCUGCUGCUGCUGCGCUGCCAGAGCACGAUUUCUGUUCUCAUCCUGAAGCAAAGUUCUUAACCUGAAGCACUAUUUCUGGGUUAGCGGAGUCUGUAACCUGAAGCGUAUGUAACCUGAAGCGUAUGUAACCUGAGGUACCACUGUAUGUUUCCCCCUAAAUUUUCCCAAAGGCCAAAACUAAGAUGUUUGAAUACCUUCAGGUGUGGUUCAAUUCUCCACAAAGUUUGAGGUUGUUUUUUUUUCCUUUUUAUAAAAAAGUGACAACCCUAGAGGGCCUAUUUACUUUCUUCUUCCCACUCCCUCCCUGGCUUCAAAAUUCCCAGAAAUUUCCCAUUUCUGCUCAGUGCUGUCCACCUCUGCAAGCAAAACAUAAUCCUUUUAAAAUGCCCUUUGCCUCUCCACCCCUUCAUUCUGUCUGAAUUUCAUCAACAAGCCUUAUUCAGUACUGAUUGCUGCUUUUAAGGUCGCUCAAAACAAGGAGUGCAAGCUGGUGGCUGCAAUUACAGAGAUAAGGUCUCAUCAAAACCAUCUCUGUUGGAAAGAGGACGCACCACUGACUUUAAAAAUGCUGUUAACUUUUUGACAGAGGACUUGAAAAGAAAUGCAUGGGAUGUGCCGGAUGUUCACUGGGAAAUGCCAGAAGACAACCUGCUCAAUGAAGUCAUUUCCUUCCUUGUUCUCCAGAGCGCUAGCUGCUGCUUUCUUCCACAAUAACAUUUCCAUUUUUACUGCCUGUUGCUGUUGUCCCAUUUUCCUCCCGUGGUUCAGGUCAUCGGCAGAUGUGAUUCUGAAUUUGCACGCUGAGCUUUGAAACGGAAAUAUCUUUGUCUUCCUUGAAUGAUCUCUCUUUCCUGUCAAAUGAGGCCCUUUCAGAACAGACUGUGUCAGCAAAGGUGCAAUUCUUUUUAAAAAACAAGUUCUUUUUUAAAAAAGGAAACACCAAUAAAGUGGAGAUAAAACUAGAACGCUACUUUUGCUAAGGGUUAGCAAUGGUCUAAGGCACGCUGGCGGCGCUGUGGGUUAAACCACAGAGCCUAGGACUUGCCAAUAAGAAGGUCGGCGGUUCGAAUCCCCGUGACGGUGUGAGCUCCCACUGCUCGGUCCCUGCUCCUGCCAACCUAGCAGUUCGAAAGCACGGCAAAGCACAAGUAGAUAAAUAGGUACCGCACCGGCGGGAAGGUAAACGGCGUUUCCGUGUGCUGCUCUGGUUUGCCAGAAGUGGCUUAGUCAUGCUGGCCACAUGACCCGGAAGCUGUACGCCGGCUCCCUCGGACAGUAAAGUGAGAUGAGCGCCGCAACCCCAGAGUCGGCCACGACUGGACCUAAUGGUCAGGGGUCCCUUUACCUUUACCUAGCAAUGGUCUAGAUGGGCCCUCUAUUCCUGGAGGUGGGCUUUUAUUAAUGUUCUGAACUCUGGUUCCCAAAGGUUAUGACAUAGACUUUUCCAGCAUCCUCUUCCUUUCUGGCGAAGGAGGAUAUGGGGAGAUGCCAUGCAAAACUAGUUGCUUGAGAUCCCUUUAUUCCCAACUCCCAUGUUCCUGCUGUACAUACAGGGGUGGAAGAGAAUCAUGGACCAGCAUGAUGCAUGGUUAUUCAGCAAUAGCCCAUGUCUUACUGAUGGCCAAGGUUAGUUCUCCUGGUAGGCAUCCCCUCUGACAAAGAGGUGGCUCUGAGUGUGUUGCAUUCUGUCCCUGUUCGGGUGAAUGUACGCUUGACUGCUAGGUAGGGAUAGGGGAGCAAUUCUGUUCAGUUGACAUUUAAAGGCAAACCUACCUGAUGUGCACUUUCCGAACUAUACACGAAAUGAUACAGAGCCAUUCUUCAAAAUCAACACUUCUCUGAGUUUUGCAAUGCAGUUCUCUAGCCAAAUAGUGUGUACCAAAAUGGAAAUACUAGGGUAAAGUGUGCAUUAAAAUGCAUAUUUAUAUGUUAGUGAAAAUAGCAUUAAAACGUAUUAGGGAAGGCUGCUUAGCAAAAAAUGUGCAUAUUAGCUAACAUUACAUAAAGGUAAAGGGACCCCUGACCGACUCUGGGGUUGCAGUGCUCAUCUCUCUGCGGAGGGAGCCGGCGUGUGGCUUCCGGGUCAUGUGGCCAGCAUGACUAAGCCACUUCUGGCGAACCAGAGCAGCGCACGGAAACACCGUUUACCUUCCCGCUGGAGAGGUACCUAUUUAUCAACUUGCACUUUGAUGUACUUUCGAACUGCUAGGUUGGCAGGAGCAGGGACCGAGCAACGGAAGCUCGCAGGGAUUCGAACAUUACAUACAGACAUGUAUAUUUGAAGAAAAUCGCUGAUUCAUUUUCAUGUGGACUCUUUUUUAAAAAAUGCAAUCUGAUGUGGAGAACUGAACUUAAUAUCGAAAAAAGGAGAAACUGAAAUCGACCGGUGCAUCCACCCCUCCUUCUAAUCUACAUGAUCAGGAGGAUCAGCUCUUUCUGGACAAUAUACUAUUUUAGGCUUCAGAUAUUGUUUUGUAUGCUUACUGUUUGUUUACAUGGCAGAGUCAUACCUUAGCCUUCAGUAAAUUCCCAGCAGGGCUUACGAAACUUAAAACCAACAUUAUUUUAAAAGGAACAAAAACAAACAAAGAAAUGAUGCCUGGCUAAAUAUUGAAAACGAGUGCGGGUGCAACAUUUACACAUUUCCUACCUGGAGGCUGAAAUAGAGCUUCAUUGCAAUAAUUUAGCUGAUCAUGUGGCUCAACUUGCUUUGCAAGUCUGCAGCACUCUUGGGCUGUUUGUGUGCAUUAUGGUUUUCUGUGGUUCCAGAGUGCUUUCUCAACUGGCUUUUGAAUCCAUGUACACACUGCAUUACCCACAAUGCAGAGCUGCCCUGCCGUUCCUUGAGAAAUAGUGCUGUUCGAUGUGUUCCUUCUUUUAAACCACCUUCAACCCAAAUUGAAAGCUUAAGCCACAUUUACUUUGUAGUUGAGCUGAGGUGUACAUAUCUGAGACCAGCUGUUGCGCAUGCGCAGAUGACAGCUUCAUGAACAAGAGCUAAGGGGGUUGUAAGUGUGGGGAAACCAAGCAGGUAAUGAGCAUUAAGGCAUUCCCAUCUCCUCUGUGUACAACAGUGUGUGAACACAGCUUGAAACGCAGCUGGGGUGGAGGGGAACUUGCUGUGUUUUAAGCUGCUAACGUGCAUCUAACCUUAAGUUCUGUUACUGAGCAGUAGUAUAUUUAACAAGAGAGGUUAAAAGCCGGUGAUUUGCUGAGACCACUAUGGUUCUGCGGCUGAUGGAAGUAUUUGACCAAGUCCAACACUCCAGCCACCAAUAUUUCACUGGCUUUCAAAGAAGGCCAUGAGUCUGUAGAAAUCCACUUGUGUUGUGAGUAUCUUCUCUGCUUAGGUGUGCUAGAAGGCAUUUAAGUGCCAGUAUUUGGGAUGCAAUGGGAUGAGGGGUGGGUGGAAAAAGAAGAAUUUUCAUGGCGCUGCUGUCUAGCUCGCUGGCCUUUCAAGGUUUUUUUUUAAUCACAUUUAUACAGUGGUCCAUGGGGUCAUGAAGAGUCGGACUGAACGACUAAACAACAACCUCAUUGUGAGAAGUGAGGUUACACGGAACCAGACAGAGGGCCUUCUCGGUAGUGGCGCCCACCCUGUGGAAAACCCUCCCUUCAGAUGUGAAGGAAAUAAGCAGCUAUCCUAUCUUUAAAAGACAUCUGAAGGCAGCCCUGUUUAGGGAAGUUUUUAAUAUUUAAUCUUGUACUGUUUUUAACACUUGAUUGGGAGCUGCCCAGAGUGGCUGGGGAAAUUCAGCCAGAUGGGCGGGGUAUAAGUAGUAAAUUAUUAUUAUUAUUAUUAUUAUUAUUAUUAUUAUUACCUUGGUUUUCAAACAGAAUGCGUUCUGUUCGACUCCCGCAACCAUUCAAAAACCAAAGUGUGGCUUCUGAUUGGCUGCAGGAGCAUCCUGCAGCCAAUUGGAAGCCACGGAAGCCAUGCCAGAUGUCCAGCUUCUGAAAAUCGUUCAAAAACUGGAACACUCACUUCCGGCUUUCGAUCGUUUGGGAGCCGAGGCGUUCAGCUUCCAAGGUACGACUGUAUACCCCUUUUUCCUCCAAGGAGUUCAAGGUUGUUUGCCAUGGUUUCUCCCUUCCCCAUUUUACCCCUGCAACAAACCUGUGAGAUAGGUUAGGCUGAGAGACAGUGACUGGCCCAAGGUGAACUUCGUGGGGAUUCAAACUCUGGUCUCCCAGAACAUAGUCCAACACACUAACCAUUGUGCCACACUGGCUGUGACUUGGACAGAGGCUUCUGGGGUUAAAGAUGGGUGCCUGCAUGUUUGGGCAUUUGAGGGUGUGAGUCCAGACUUUCCCCCUCCCUUUUUCUUUGCAUCGAUUCUCUCAGCUCAGAAAGAAAGAAAGAAAGAGAAAGAAAGGUGAAGAGAUACAUCCAUUGAACGAGCCCAGUCCUGGACAGAUGUAUCCUGCAGCUGUGGGCCUCUUUUCUCCUCCCCGAUAGACACACUGUCUAUAUUUAGUUCCAUUGUUAUGUUUGUCUCUCUGAUUCCUUGCCAAGCUCGCUGCUUUGGUGGAAUGUAAAUUCAAGAUGUGUGAAUAACUGUGGCGCUGGACAACCCAGGGAAAGGAACGAGGCUCCCAUGCGAGGGGCUGGUGCAUUGGUUGAUAUUUCUAUGGUAGUUAACUCUGCAAAGCAGAGCAAAUUAUUGCAAAGCAAAUUUUAGAACAAAAUGUGGAGUAGCCCCUAAUAAGCAUAUACUAAAAAACCCCCACCAGACUAGGGCUAGGAUAUCUGGUUUUCAACAUCGUGAUAUGUCAGCAGCUAAAUAUCAGGAUAUUCCGAUAUAUCGCAAUGUCUGAAAUUGGAGAUCAGGCGUGGGGGUGAGGGAAGGAGCAGUCAAGGAGAUCUGGUAGGUGGGGUUUCCUGCUGACCGAGAAAAGCUGAUCUGCCUCAGUGCCAGGGGAAGGUUUUUCCACGGUGCCUUGAAGUGAGGGCAAUCAGCUGCCUUGUUCUCCCUCAGUGUGAGUGGAAGGUAGCACCUCAUAAUCGGCUGCCCUAGUCUCCCUCAGCAGGUGGGAAGGCAGCUCAGAUCAGCAGCGUUAUCGGCUGAGAUCAUGGCGCGAUAUCAACGGUUCCUUGAAAUCGACUGCCCUACUCUCCCUCGGGCGAGGAGCGACAUAUUGCUGCGUAUUUCUGGGUCAAAAUCGUUAUCACGGUGCAAAUUCAAAACCGAUUUUGGCCAACUUAUUGAAUAGUCGCACAGUGCAAAAACAGACCAUAAAAUUUGUGACAAAAAUGUAGUUGGUGGGAGGCACGGAUGGGGCCGCGGACCCCCUGGGUGCGUUCUGGGGUCCCUAGACCCCUAAUUGGGGACCACUGCUCAAAAGAAACACUUGCCUGACAGAACCGGUGUCUUCGGCACUGGGUUGUUGCGUUGUUUUUCAAGCACAUCUCUUUAAUCUGGAGCCACGAGAGCUCAAGGAAAAGAUGUGUGCUGUAAAUUCCAAUGAAUCUGGAGAGCUAUCUUCCUUGGGAGUACAUGUGAGCUACCUGCGUGUUACUAACUCCUGAGUGACCUAUUGUAAAGAGAGACAAGUUCCUGCAGCAGUCUUGCCACCUGAACUGAUAGUGAUUGGGGUUAGCCUGGAUUUGGUGUCCUUUGUGGAUUUUGAAAGCGGGUUUUCAUGUUUAACGCAAUUGAGGGGGCGGGCAAACGUGUAUGCUUUCUAGUGAAUAAAAUGAAAAGCAAACGCUGACUCAGCAGUUGAGGCUGCAGCUGCUUUGCAAUCUGAGAGCCCUUUCCUUGAGACGUUUGGCGCAGAGAGGAAGCAGACUUAAUCCAUUAAAAAAACCACUUGGAAGACUAUGAGUCCUUUAAAAAAAAGUGUUGUUUUUUUUGGGGGGGGGGAGAAAAAGGCAGAUGGUUAUUUCUUUGGAUGGUUGUUUGGCCAUUCUGGAAAGAAACUCUGUGUUUGUUCACUCAGUUGUGAAGCCCCUAUUCUCUUUUCCCUUUGUUUCAACUCCUUUCAUUCCCCUUUGCCUCUGUCCCACCCUUUUUUUAAUUUGCUGCCCCCAACAUUCUUCUGGAAGAGCUGAAGGUUUGGUCUUUUGCCAGACUCUGUUGGUUUUGUGGGGUGCUGCUUUCUGUGGAAACGAGGUACAAGACAUGCAGGCAUUUCAAGCAUUAGAAAGAAAAGCAAGCAGGGUGAUUUUCGCUCCCUAACAACUUUCCACAGAAUUGCACCAGUCACAAAAUUGCAUCAGAUUGUAUGACCAUAGGUUCUCUCUGCAUUUGAUCAGGAAUCCUGCACAGUCCCUGGGAAUGCACAGUCCCUAAUAUUUCUUUCUGUAAAAAAUUGAGUAAGUUUCCACCCUUUAAGAGAGAGGCUUUAGAUUCAGUUUUCUACAUACAUAAGAUUCAUUUCCCAACAUAGCUUUCUGACUUUGCUUGGCCAACUUUGAAAUAACUUGCCGAUGAGGUAGUUUAAAAGUAUGUUUAGCCAAACAGGUAAAUUUAAGCACAUAGGCAAAUCAGGAUUUGGGGAGCCCGAAUUGUUGAGGUGUAUUCGACGACAGCAAGGAACCGAGCCAUUAGUGUCAUUGGCCCAGUCCUGUGGAAUACCCUGCCAAUGGAAAUUCAUCAGGUGCUUUUGUUUCAACUUUUAAAUACCUACUGAAGACUUCUCUAGUCCAUCUGGCAUAUUAAGAAUUGCAUCUUUCCACAACAGUUUUCUGAGUUAAACUGUUUUAUAUGGCUUUUAAUGCAUGGUUUUAUGUACAGCUGUUGUGAACCACUUUGAUAGUUUCCUUAAGGAUUAGCAGAAUAAUUUUUUAAAAAAUAAAAUAAAAUAAUGUACUUAGCACAUUUCCUUUGUUAUUGUAGAUCCACCUGGUCCACCUGGUUAAAUGUCCAUUUCUGGUUGUAAAUCCCCCAGCAUCUGAUAGCUGGAGAUCCCUAAAAGAAAAGUGGAGGUUACAUAGGUGACUACCAUGGCUAUUAUGGGACGCGGGUGGCACUGUGGUCUAAACCACAGAGCCUAGGGCUUGCCUAUCAGAAGGUCGGCGGUUCAAAUCCCCGCGACGGUGUGAGCUCCCAUUGCUCGGUCCCUGCUCCUGCCAACCUAGCAGUUCAAAAGCACGUCAAAGUGUAAGUAGAUAAAUAGAUACCGCUCCGGCGGGAAGGUAAAUGGUGUUUCCGUGCGCUGCUCUGGUUCGCCAGCAGCGGCUUAGUGCUGGCCACAUGACCCGGAAGCUGUACGCCGGCUCCCUUGGCCUGGAAAGUGAGAUGAGCGCCGCAACCCCAGAGGGGUUUAACGACUGGACCUAACGAUCAGGGGUCCCUUUACCUUUACCUUUACCAUGGCUAUUAGUUACAUCCUUCCUCCAUAUCUUCAUCUAAUUCUAUUUUUAAUAAUUAAAGAAACAUUUAACCACUGUCUGCACAAUACAUUUGAAACAGUAUCAUGCCUCUUCAAAGAGUCGUGGUUUUCUUUCCCCCAAAGCAUCCUGGGAAAUGUAGUUUAAGCGUGCAGAGCUGUUGGGAGACCCCUGCCUCUUUGUAAUGUACAAAGGUAAGUGCCACAUCCAUUGAAUUGCCUGUUUUUGUCUCUAGCCUUGCCCCGCACUGAUAAUAUGGUCUCCAAAAGACCUACCCCUUCCAUCACUUCUUCCAGGUACACUAGAGUUGUCACUGUUUUUUAUUGGUUCUGCUCCCGAAAUUUGGCUAGCAAGCUACUUUUAGCCUUGGCCCUAAGCUGUGCAGGCCUGCCUGGUGUUUUAUAGCAUUGAGAGGUAAGAAACAGCCUGAAAUUCUUCUCCCACCCCCCCAUUUCAUGGGUAGGCAAACUAAGGCCCGGGGGUCAAUCACCUUCUCAAUCCGGCCCACGGACGGUCCGGGAAUCAGCGUGUUUUUACAUGAGUAGAAUGUGUGCUUUUAUUUAAAAUGCAUCUCUGGGUUAUUUGUGGGGCAUAGGAAUUCGUUCAAAUUUUCCCCCAAAAUAUAGUCCGCCACCCCAGGUCUGAGGGACAGUAGACUGGCCCCCUGCUGAAAAAGUUUGCUGACCCCUGCCCCAUUUCUUUGCUUGACCCCACCAUCACCACACACACUUCAGAUGUUGUUCUAUAAUAUUAUCCCACUACCUUUGCCUCCAGUGAAACUCCUGCAUAGUUUGAAGGAGUGAGAGUAAAAGAGACAGAGAGAGAGCUGGGAAGAGAAUGUCUCUUGUUUCUUUGCAGAGAGGCUUGGGGAAUAGCUGUCCCUUCUCCUAUACACAUGUAAAUGGGAUGCAUUCAUUCUCUUGUCUUGACUGGAGGACUGUUUGAGGCAUGCUCUGUGUGCCAAUUUGCCAUCUUCCCUGGAACUGGGUCCAGGGGCUGUGGCAUAAUUCUAGCCUGUCAGUUUGGAUUGGUUGUUUGGGAGCUUCACUGAAUGAAACGGCGUUCUGUAGCAAAUGAGGCCGGCUAAAGGUCCAUUUUCUCCAGGCCAGAGCACUGAUGCUUAAAACCAGCUGAUUUCCUGGUGAUGCCGUGAGAGUGAGAGGCUGGUGUAUGUUUGGCUGGCUCAAAUGCUUAUUAAUCUUCCUUCUGUGGAUGUGGACACAGAUGAAUUGUGCAAAAACUCUGCUGGUUUUUCUACAUGCACCCCACAUACAGACAGUUGUUUUGCAUGAUUACAGCAUGAUGUUUAUUGUGUGUGUGUGGAGGUAAUUUCAUGCACAUUAUCAGCAAAUGUAUGUACAGUUAAUCUUAGCUAAAACUAGUGCCUUAGUGUUCAAUUUUGCAUGCUUCUGAAAAAUCGUAGGAUGAAUGCUAGAUUUUAUUACUGGAAGAGCAUUCUUGUACAUUAGUUGGUCAUUGCAUUGGUGGUUGAUGUUAGUUUCUGUUUUCCUAUAUAAAAGAACAUCAUACUUUCCAACAUUUCUCCAAAGAAAUUAGGGACAUCCCAUUCCAUAAUGAUAAUUUUACUAUUUAUACCCCACACAUCUUACCUGGUUGCCCCGGCCACUCUGAGCAGCUUCCAACACAUAAAAAACAUAAUAAAACAUUAAACAUUUUUUUUUAUUUAAAUGUCCUUAUACAGUGGUACCUCUAGUUGUGUUCACCUCUGGUUACGUAUCCUUUGGGAUAUGUACGCGGCAAACCUGGAAGUAUCUUUCUGGGUUUUGCCGCAUACGCAUGCGCAGAAGCGCUAAAACGCGCCCUGCGCAGAAGCGACACUUCCAGUUGCGAAUUCCUCGGGAUACGGCCGGAGCUCCAGAACGGAUCCCAUUCGCAACCAGAGGUACCACUGUACAGGUUUGCCUUCAGACAUCUUGGGAGUCAGAUAACUCCAUACCCUCCAACAUUUCUCCAAUGAAAAUAGGGACAUCCUAAGGAAAAGUGGGACAUUCCAGUAUCAAAUCAGAAACCGGGAUGGCUUCUCUAAGUCAGGGAUGCCCUGGAAAAUAGAGACACAGAGGGUCUGGAACGUUGUUGAGGGGAAUUAUGAAAAAGCUUGUGAAUUCAAUAUAAUUUUGCAAUUCCAAACACAACUUGCAAGACAACCCAAAGCAAGUUUACCUAGAAAUAACUCCGAAUGAACUUGAUAGAGGCUUGCUUUCUAGGAAGUGUGUGUGUGUGUUUCAAGAUUGCUAGCAUAGUCAGAUAGGGUUGGUGAGGCUCUUUGGCAUGUGUGGCAGAAGUCAAGGCCAAAACGGGUCAGCCUUGCUUUUGUGAGGUAUAUGGAACAUAUGCAGUGACUUUUGCCCUGGACUCCUCAGCCCAGGAGCAGGCAGCAGAUUAGUGCCAGAAAGGCUGACUCCACAAAGGAGACCAUUGUGACUAACUGGAUGUUCCUGUUCAUGUGAAGGAGCUCCAACAUGGGUGCAUCUGUAUGUGCACAGAUACCAGAUGCCAGGGAGUAUGGCGGAGGCUAUGGGGUAUGAAAUGUUGGGGUAGGGCCUGGAAAUGUGGUCCCACUUUCCCUCUAUACCAAUGUUUCUCCAACUUGGGUCCCCAGCUGUUGUUGGACUACAACUCCUAUCACCCCUGGUUAGCAGGGCCAGUGGUCAGGGGUGAUGGGAGUAGUAGUCCAACAACAGCUAUGGACCCAAGUUGGAGAAACAUUGGUGUAGAGGGAGAAGUUGGGAGUCCAACAUUGAACAGCCUUGUGCCUCCUGGUUUCUGUUUGUAUUUAUUGGUUUGGAGAUAAAAAUGUGCAAGGGGUGGCAUACAAGGGGCUAUUAGCCCAUUUCAAGUACUUUUGAGGUCUACUAGGCUGAGAAAUAGAAAUAAGGCACGAAAAUCUCCUUCAGAGUUGUGUGUGGGUUUGAAUCCAGGUUUUACAACACUGUGCUGACUCAAAAGCAUAUUUGACAGGAAAAGUUAAACCAGAUCUUUCAAAUAAACAUUCUCCUUCUGUCAUGUGUAUCAGCAUUUCUUUUUUAAAAAAUAAAAAUACUCCCAUUAUAGUAACAAAUGAGGGGGAGGGAGAAGCAGAACUGCCUCUGAAGAGCAUUUCCCCCCGCUUUCUCUGAAGUGUCAGCUUUCGUUUUAAGGACAUCGUGUUUCUGUGGGAAGGAGUCCUUACGAACUCCUUCAUGUUUCAGAUCCUGACAAUAUAGCUGCCGUCUCUGAGAGCGUCGUUUCCAUCUGUCUCCUCCAAGCUUUCCUACGUCUCUUUGAGACUGUUGCGGUGAAAUGUUUGGCAGCAGAAAAGAAAUCUUAUUUUCUUCUUUGGAAAGUGAAUGCGGCUAACCGAGGAGGACUAUUCGUAGAGUGAUGACGCUUGCUUUCCCAGCGGAAAAAGGCUUUAUCAAAAUUUGCUGAUUGGAGAUGAUGCUCUCCACUUGAAGCAUUGCAUAGUGUUUGCCAGUCAGGAGUGAUGCUUCCUACCAUAGGAGCCAACUCCUAGGGGCCGAUGGUGUGUGGGUACCACACCUUGCGAUCAGUUAUGGGGGGUGGGGCUUACUUGCCCCUUGGAACCCCUGCUUCCCAUCCCCCUUGCCCUGUCCUGCUCUUCUUUCGGAACAUAGAAAAUAAUGAAGCUAUGACUGCCAAACCAGUCGCAACUAGUCUGGCCAUUAUUCCUUCGCAAGAACAGGGCCGUUAUCUGAAUACGCAUAGCUUCUGCACAUGGUGAACUGGAUAGAGCUGGUGAGGCCCAAGGGCCCGGUUUAAUGCAGCUUGAGGCCUGUUGAUAUCUUUAAUUGCCCUUUCUGAGGCUGUGUGAGGAAAGCAAGUAAAGAGGCGGCGCUUGUGGGGUUUCCUGUCCCAGGUGUGGAAAAUACAUUGACCUUCUAUGCACCUUGACCAGAACCCCUUCAACCCUUUCCUCCCCUGUAUUCAAAGGGGGUCAUAGCUAUAUGGGAAACCAAUGGGAAACCAAUGAGCUCACUGGCCCAUAUGCUUUCCCUGUGAUUCUUCUCCUGUUUGCACUUUUUUUUAAAAAUGCACUCCUUCUCCAAUUACUAGGUCACAAAUUGCCCCUUUCCCAUGUCACCGCAGCUGCUUGGGACUUUCUUCCCUCUAGUGAAAUUCCCAUGAAGUGUGGUGAGCAUGAAUGUGAACAAAGCAACCCUAUAGGUGGGGGAGUAGCAUGAGACUUGCCCAGCUAGGAGCGAGGAACAUCCCAUCCAAAUGUUUGUGCGCCUCUAAAUGUUUGUGCCUGCACAGCCCCUUUCAUUAUUUUUUUAAAAAAUGAUAUUUAUUACUUUUUUAACAUUUCCAACACAACAUUACAAACAAAAAAAGAGAAAAGAAAAAAAAGAAAAAACAAUGCAAAUACAAUACAAAAACGCUACAUGGACUAACAAAACAAACAAAAACAAGCAAAAACAAUUUAAAAUCACCUCAAACAUUUUCAAUAUCUUAUAUUUCAUUCACUUAUUUCCAGCGACCUCCUCCCACCUCCCUUUUGUAUUCCACUUCUAUUAUUUGUUUCAGCAAUUCCUUUCCAUCUUACUCUGUUUUCUGUUCUAUAAUUAUCUUAACACAUUCUUGCCAUACUUUUCCUUUAAUUUUCUAUUGGUCUAUUUAUACUUAAUUCCUUAUGACAUUUCUGCUAAAGCCAUAUAUUUUCAUUCCAACAUUUUUCUAACAUUCCUUAAUUUUACAAUAUUUCUAUAAAUAGUCUUUAAACUUUUUCCAAUCUUCUUCCACCGACUCUUCACCCUGGUCUCGGAUCUUGCCAGUCAUUUCCGCCAAUUCCAUAUAGUCCAUCAACUUCAUCUGCCAUUGUCCAAUGCUUCAGUGUUUUCAAAAGGCAACCAUUCUCUCAACCAGCCAAAGCAGAUGGUUCACAGCAAAGUUUAAAGGUCUGGCAGGGCAGGUCCCCCUCCUUCUUUGGCAUCCAUCAAUAUCUUAAAUUUUACUCGAGGCUUCCUGCCCUGCCAAACAACUCUGGGAGCAUCCCUCUGCCACCUCCUGAAACUCUCCAUCCCAUCCAAAGCUUGCAAUGUUUGAAACAAAAGCAACAUCCCCAGCGAAACAGCAGCCCUCAUCCCCACCACAAUAACUCGGCCCAAUAGUAACAACUUCUGAUUUGUCCAUAUUUCCAAAUCCCCCUUCUCUUCAAUCCAACAUCCUUCACAGUUAUCCUUAAGCAGAUUCACAUUUUUGGCGGUCAUACUAACCCCCAAAUACCUCUCUUUCUCAACCAAUGUUAGUAUCGCCUCCUGAAACUCUGUCAAGCUUUCCUUUUCCAAUUCAGAUAGGGCUCUGGUCCUCAAAUUCAUCCAUUCUUCUUUAAGUUCAAUCAUAACAAAUGUCAACUUAUGCUCGUCAAGUUGUCUUUGUAUGGAUGGGACUCUCCUCUCCUGUUGUAUUGCUUUAGAUUCAGCAGCAAGGGUUUUUCCCCUAACUUCAUCUGCAGUUUGCCAUAUCAAAGUAGAUUCCUGUGUCAGUUUCUGGGUGGUUUCUGAAUUAGUAUUCACCUUUUGUCCCAAGUUAUUUAAAAUUUCUACAGUUGACUCAAUUUCAAUAUUUGCAACAUCCAAUUUCACAUUUAUCGCAUCUGUUUUCUUGUGGAGUUGUUCCAGCGAAUCGUUUAUUUUCAACAAUGCAGCCACUAAGGCCUCCUCUGUCGACAUCCCGUCUGUUUUUUCCUUUCCGUUUGCCAUAACACUUGAGAUUCCAAAGUCUCACACUUUUUUAUCUUGCAUCUGGAAAUUCCCCUAGCCCAGCUCCUAUAAAGUAACCAAUUUCAAAAGCUUCCACUAGGGGAAAGCGAGUUGUAUUUGUAUCGGUCAGUAUGUCCUCUUUUAAACACAGUUUCAAUAAUCCAAAGUUAGUUUCAAUUUUCAGUUACUUUCCUCCUUUUUUAAUAAAGUUCAAUAAAGUUGUUUCAGUUUUCCGUUACUUUUACUCCUUUAUAAGUGCAGACGAAAACAAUGGAAACAAUGUAUCUCUCUUAUGCUAGCUGUCACCGAACGUUCUAUUCACUGUCAAUGAACCUUCCAAGACACGUCGGUCUUACUAGCAGCCCGUUUCCAGGUUCGGAACGGUGGUAUUUUAACUUCCUUCACUCACUCCUGCAGGGAUACACAAUCCAAAGCCUCCCCCCUCUUCUCCUGCUUCCAAGGGGGGUUUAAUAUUUUUUACUGAUGAGAAUUUAAUCCUUUACAAUAGGCUUUCCAAGACUUUAGCUUGCAACCUCUUUGCCUCAGUCUUAUUUACAAAAAGGGGAGGUGGACUUCCUGUUUUGAGCCUCCCCGUUUCGGUGCCAAAUUAAGACGUUUAAAAAUCCAAUUCUUCACUCUACUCACGGGUAGUUACUUUAAGAUCAAAUUGUCCACAGGAAAAAGUCAGCGCUCUCCGGCAACAGCUAUGCGGCUUCGCUCCGUGGAAAAAGCAGUCGAUCCGAAGCACCGCGCCGCUCACCCCACAUCGCUCCGGAUCCCCGAAACCGGGUUUCCCCGCGAGUAGGGGAGGCACAAAUGGUGCCCGCCGGAUCCACGUUCACAGGCUUCACCCGCCUGUGAUUUUUAGUGGGUCUCCGCCUUCGCCGUGGCGGCCAGACCCGAAUUUCCACGAGGCAAAUUCCUCCCGAUCAGAGGAAUUCCGCCAUUGCCGGUGGCGCUAACCCGGAAGUCCUGCACAGCCCCUUUCAACCAAGGGAGAAUGGGAUGUAUGUUUUCUCGGAAACACGCCUUCUGCUUGAUCCUCUGAAUGGGAAUCGAGCAAAAAGUAGUUAGACCUAUUGAAGAAGUAGAUUGAAAAGGAUGAAGCAGGUUUUGGAAUCCUACCCAGACACGUUCUUCUAUUACGUGUAUUCUUAAAGUCUGUUGAUUUUAUCCAUAUUUUGAUAAUUCUGCUAUGUUGACUUGUGAUUAAAGUCUGUUCAUAUCGUCAUUUUCUUACUCAUAUUUGCUACUAUUUUAUGUAAACUCUGUAGAUAUUAUUUUUCCUGGUUACCGUAAGCAGUCUGUAAACAAAAUAACAGAAAGGUUGGGGUUAGCGACUACAUCUCAGUGCAUGUUCUUUGCUACUUAGUGCGGCAGCAUUUUGGAGACCACUAACGGCAUCUUCUGCCUGGUUCAAACAACAGGAAAAUAAUGCCCUUCUUCAUAGAAAUAGGAUGCAAUUUAAAAAGAAUGGAGAGACUGGGGGAAACUGCCCCAUACAUGACAACAACUCUUCUAUUUCUUGUAACAUCUGGAGUUAACUUCUUUUAAAAGAGAGAAUUUGAGGUUUUUGUGGCCGAAGGGUUGUUUUGCCUUCUAAAAAGCCAUUUCUUUUUAAUGAUGUGCCAAUUGCCCUUGUGCGGCAUUUCUUCUUAUGUGUGGUGGCGGCCAAGAAUAUUAAAACACGACUAAAUGCUAUCACAAAUGGCAGCGUUUUUAAGAUCAAAGAUUUACAGAUUAACUUUAUUGAAAACUAGCUGUGUAGGAAGUUAUCCUCCCACAUUGGCUGUUUUCCUUUAAGUGUAUAGCAAUUUUUGGCUGAAUGGUGAAUAUGGUAUGCCCAGUUUCUCCUGUGGGCUGUUUUUAAUAUACUGGGUCUAAGAUGGUAACAGUUACCCAUAGACACUGGUGCCGUUCAGAAGAUUACUGUAUUUUUCGCGCUAUAACACGCACCCAACCAUAACACGCACGUAGUUUUUAGAGGAGGAAAAUCCGUAGGCAUGCCACCCGUAGGCAUUCCCUCCAUAACAUGCACAGACAUUUCCCCUUACUUUCUAGGAGGAAAAAAGUGAGUGUUAUGGUGCAAAAAAUACGGUACGUAUGUUGAACUUCGGUUUGCUCUUGGGGAAAUUACUGCCACAACAGUACACCAAUUUGCAAUUCACUAUUAUAGCCUGCUGUUCAGUCCUGUUUGAAAGUGCUAUACGCUCGUCCUUUGGUUAAUUUCCACAAUAACCCCGCAUAGUAGCAAGAAUGUUUAUGCCACUUAUUCACCUCAAUUGAUUUGCUGAGAUACAAUCUGGUCAAGUUACUUCUGCAUUUACCAUUUUCCAGUGCAAUACAAACAGUUAAAUCUUGCACCAGCCUUUUGAAGUAGAUUGUGGAACAUGUGGUGUCAUUUUACUGCGUGUUUCUCUCUCCCACCCAAGAAGCAACUAACAAAGCAGGUUCAAAUUGGGGAAACCUGCAGAAUAAUGACGACGGUAUGUCGUGUGUCUUGGGUGACCCAGCAAAAGAGGCGCAUGAGAGAUGGGGCUGUUGUUUAUGGGAGCAUUUGCACACCAUUCCACUAGAACUCAAAAGUGAACAGUGAACAGGGUAGGGAAGAAAAUUGAUUCUACCAAGUAUGUUGUUCUCGACUGGCUGAGUUACAGCAGCAAGUGUAAGCAAGGGGGUUGGGGAGACUUCACCGUCGGAGUUUCGUGUGACUGGCUUUCCGAACUUUCAGCUGUAAACAUCAGUCUCUGCUGCUUAGAAGGCAGCCAGCUGCUUUGAGCAGCUGGAACAUGUCACCACGAGCGUGUUGUUCCUGGGAACUGAGAGAGCUCCAAGGAAAUGUUGCCUCCUUCACUCAAAAGUCACCAGUUCUGGGAAUAAACAAAUAAAGCGGCUAAAGCUUUCACCUAAAAGUGAGCUUCGGAAAAGUAAUUUUGUGGCCAAGGCUAUUUAGCAGGAAAACAUUUCAUGGUUCAACCGUGCCCUCUCCCAUGCUAAUAUAAUCAGGAUGUGUUGACUGGGUGGGUCUAUAUUUGGUGUGUCUGAAAUUGCUAGCAGAAUUCUUGACUUCCAGGAACAGAGUCUCUGCUUCUCUGAUUCCUAGAAUUAUUUUCCUCCUCUAAGGUGGCACACAGUUUUCAGUGUGACAACAAUUUCAUUUUUGCUGUUCUUGGUAACGAAAGCACAUCCCUCCAUUGCUCUAAUGAUGCAAAGAACCACUGCACUGUGGGAUAAAUAUACAGUGUGGAUGUGACCACUUGGUUAGGCUGCAGCAUCCUGCUUGAUGGCAAGAAGAAUUACAUCAUACAAUGAAGCCACCCGAUUAGAAGUCUGGGGAAACAGUAAAAUUCUCUUUACCAGUUGGCAGGAUGCUGCAGAUAAAUCAAAUGGCUGUGUGCAAGUUAUCGCUGGGUAAAUGGAGGUCUGAAGCCAUCCAUGAUAAGGCUUUCUUCGAUAUGUUGCGUCCUAACAUUCUCACUAAAAAAACCUCUAGAACACAACAGAAGCAUGUUGUAGCCCACUCAUAACCUUUGACCCAUGGUUUUUUAAGGGUUUGGGUGGGGUAGGAAUGGAGGUAAGGCUAUUGAUCAAGAGAAAGGCUUUCUUGGCUUAAUUGAAGUUCUUGGGCUGCUCCUCUGCCAAACACAGACCAAUUAGGGAUACGGGAAUGCAGCCAGGUUUGCAUUUUGUUAAUGAAAGAUCCAAGCAGGCAAGGAAACGAAGCUCUGAUGUCCCCCCCCCCCCCCCGUUCUAGCUGUCUUAUUAUAGACCAUUCGUAUAACACCAUCUGUUUUGUGGCACUUGUCAAAAAGAGGUAGGGCAAGUCCUUAUCCCAGGAGGCUUACAAUCUAAAAUAGGCACAGGGGAACAAGAGAGGAAAUGGAAGCAUGGGCAGAAAACAGGAUUGCUUCAAUUGCAUGCACUUGGGUUAGUUACAGGUUGAUCAUGAGCAAUAGACCUAAGUGGGAGAGAAUCAGGACCCAGGAAGGAAACAGGAAGUACUGGGGUAGGAAGUCAGGGAGAGAACCCCACCCAUGCUAUAUCUGAGCUGGAGCAAACUGGUGUGUGAACCUGCGCAGAACUCAAUCCAACAUUUUACCUCCAGUCUAAAUCCUUCAAGUGCUUUGUCACAGGUAAGGAUGACAAACUUGCAGCCCAUAAUCCCCCCUGGGGGCUAGUAGUAAGGGAUGGUGGUGGUUGGAGUCUAGCAUCUGGAAGACCAUUGAUUUCCUCAGCCUUGCAAUAAUGUGGAGGGGCUACUGGGAUUAAGGAACAGUAAUCCUGUGGGCUACACACGAGGGGGACAAUGUGCUGAACAAUAUGAGCAGGCUUUUCAGAGGCCUGGUGUUGCAGUUCACAAGGUAGGAGGAGCUUUAUAGAGCCCACCUGGGCAAAGAUGCCACACCCAAGCAGCCUUCCUUGACACACAGAGUUUAUUCCACCUAUUGGCAUCCUGCAGGAAUAUUCCAAUUUUAAAUAUUUUUCUCUGUUUCCCCGUGAACACUGGGUACAGCCUGAAGCAAGAAGGAAAUGUCAUUGAACAUGCAUGUAAUAGUGCUUUAUAAGGGAUGUAUUGAGGCUUUUCCCUAAUUUUGAAGACAGCACAUUCCUAUGGAAAGCAACAACUCUUUAUAAACUAGUCUGACAAAGUAGACUUUGCCAGCUAUACAAACAGAGGCCAAGUCUUGUUUAAAACGUUUCAGUAACUUCUGAAUAUAGUCACACAAACGCUUACUAGGCCUAGCAUCUCCUGAGUCUUAAUCACCAGGUGUGCUGGGCCAGGUGUUAAUGUAGUCUGCUAUAGAAUAUCUAAUUGAAUACUAAUUAAAUAGCUGUGGGUCUGUUGUUGUGGGUGCUUCUGGUUAAGUUCUAUUUAAAUGGGGGAAGACUGGAGUCAGGUCUUAUUAGCAAAAAAAAGCCUGGUCUCUGCCCCAAGGUGCUUGCAAAAUUUUAACCAUGAGUGGCAGGACUGGAGGCAAGGAUUACAGGAGAGGAAGAUAGGCAAAUGAAGUUGCACAUGCUUGGGCUUUGUUUAGGGUGGGAGUAGGGGUAAGCUAAAAGUUUCAUUGAAGAGGUGGGUUUUGAGCAAUGCUUGGAAUGAACUGAUUCAGAUUAACCAAUUCACUGUAUUAAUUUUAAAAAAUCUCUGAACUGCACCUGAAAGUAGUUCAUAGAAUUUCUAGGUGAACUGAACAUGAAUUAAGUUCCUUUGGCAGUGGAACUUUGGGUGAUUUUUAAUUCAAUUCCAAAUUUAAUUCAUUACGUACUGUGUACAUGCUACCCCAGGCAAAUGUUACUCUAUGGUUUCUGGUGAGUUUUCUUAUUGCUUUUCUUAUCACAAAAAAUAAAUAAAUCUUUUUUCUUUGGCGGGGGAGUAGGUCUGUGGCGCAAAAGGUCCAAAUCAAUUUAACUGUGUAACCUGAAUAGUCCAGUAGCACCUUAGAGACCAACUAAGUUUGUUCUUGGUAUAAGCUUUCGUGUGCAUGCACACUUCUUACUUGGUGGAGAGAGGGCUGAGUAGCCUAUAAAAGCAGAACAGUGGUGUGUGUGUGUGUGUGUGUGUGUGUGUGGCAGGGAGAAUGUCUCCCACUUUUUAAAUGGAGCUGAGUUGAAGAAAUACCUUUUUUAUUUUUAGAAGAGGGUUUCCUUAAAUAAAAGACACUAAGAAAAAUUCCCUGCCUAUACAAGUUUGUAGAAAGUAUUCCAAAAUUUUAAAAAGUACAGUGGUACCUCGGGUUACAUACGCUUCAGGUUACAGACUCCGCUAACCCAGAAAUAGUGCUUCAGGUUAAGAACUUUGCUUCAGGAUGAGAACAGAAAUCGGGCUCUGGUGGUGCGGCGGCAGCAGGAGGCCCCAUUAGCUAAAGUGGUGCUUCAGGUUAAGAACAGUUUCAGGUUAAGAAUGGACCUCCAGAACGAAUUAAGUACUUAACCCGAGGUACCACUGCAUAUAUAUAUUUUGUAAUUUUCAUGAGUUCUUUUUUAAAAAAGUCCCUUUUUUAUCUACCAAACUUUUAGAAGACAUCUAAAGGCAGCCCUGUUUAGGGAAGCUUUUAAUGUUUAAUAGGUUAUUGUAUUUUAGUGUUUUGUUGGAAGCCACCCAGAGUGGCUGGGGAAACCCAGCCAGAUGGGUGGGGUAUAAAUAAAUUAUUAUUAUUAUUAUUAUUAUUUAUUAUUAUUAUUAUUAUUAUUAUUAUUAUUAUUAUUAUAUUUUUUAUUAUAUCAAGAACAAACUUAGUUGGUCUCUAAGGUGCUACUGGACAAUUUUAUUUUUUAAUAUAUUUUGACUGCGGCAGACCAACACGGCCACCUACCUAAAUCUGAAUUUGCCAGUACGUGAUUGGGGCGUAUCUGAAAAUACCGUAUUUUUCGCCCUAUAGGACGCACUUUUCCCCCUCCAAAAAUGAAGGGGAAAUGUGUGUGCGUCCUAUGGGGCGAAUGCAGGCUUUCGCUGAAGCGUGGAGAGCGAGAGGGGUCGGUGCGCACCUCCAGGCUUCAGGAGAGCCCCACCGGCAGCCCCACAAGCUCGGGGGACAGCGGGGAGGCGCAGCGCGCCUUUCCCGCUGUCCCCCGACUUGGUUAGAAGGCUGGCGGAGGGCUUCCCCCUCCUCCAGCCCCGCAAGCUCCCAGAGCGAUGCCAAACUGCACGCAGCUUCGGCAUGGCUCUGGGUCCCGUUCUGGGGGCUGGGGGAUGGGGAAGCUCGGGCUUCCCCCACCCCAGCCCCGCGCCUGGGGGGGUGGGAAAUAAUUUUUUUCCCUUUAUCCCCCCCCAAAAAAAAUCUAGGUGCGUCCUAUGGACCGGUGCGUCCUAUAGAGCGAAAAAUACGGUAGUUACAGUUUAGAAGCACCAACAAAUGGGGAGAAGAGGGAAAGAAUAAAUGGUCUGGAGAAGUCAUUAAGACAGUUGCUCAAAAGCAGACUUGUGAUGGGUAAAGUGCUAUGCAGAUAUUUUAUGGAGUGUGCUUAGAAAACAAAACUUUGGGUGUCACAAGCCCACCUGCUAUAAUCAGCAUCAUGAUAUGCUGGUUUCUACUUAAUUCCUUUGGAUUUUUGCAGGAGGUGGGCGUGUCUCUUGGUUGUUCAGCUACUUGCCCAUUCACCCACUUGCUCAGGUGCGCCAUCUGCUGACUGACGUAAAAACAAAAAUUUAUUUGGGUGGGCCCUUUGAUGGAAAUUCGUUCUUCUUUCCAAUGCUUUUUUUUUUUUAAAAAAAAAGCUGUAUCUGUCACAGCAAAAUUCUCAUUAGAAUGAGGCUUCAAGGUGGGUCAGUUACAGAUUUGCCCACCCACUUUCUCACUAUCCAUUGGUUAAUAGGCGAAAAGGUGUACCAUUUUAAUCAGUUUAGAUUUUAGGAGGAGUCACAGGGGUGGUCUUUUGCUGAAGCAGCAGCAGUUAAAACCCUUAUCAUAUGACAUUUCAAAGACUUAAGGCAUUGAUAGUGGCAUAAGCUGCUUUCUCAGGCAAGGGUCAUUCCUCUUCAUCUUUCUAGUCCACAAGCCUUACUACAUAGAGGAAUAUACACAUAGUUAAGUGGCUUGCGAGACGCGGGUGGUGCUGUGGGUUAAACCACAGAGCCUAGGGCUUGCCGAUCAGAAGGUCGACAGUUCGAAUCCCCUAAACGGGGUGAGCUCCCGUUGCUCAGUCCCUGCUCCUGCCAACCUAGCAGUUCGAAAGCAUGUCAAAGUGCAAGUAGAUAAAUAGCUACCGCUCCGACAGGAAAAUAAACAGCAUUUCCGUGCGCUGCUCUGUUUCGCCAGAAGCAGCUUAGUCAUGCUGGCCACAUGACCCAGAAGCUCCCUUGGCCAAUAAAGCGAGAUGAGUGCUGCAACCCCAGAGUUGGCCACGACUGGACCUAACGGUCAGGGGUCCCUUUACCUUUUAAGUAGCUUGCAGUGUGCAGCUUUAGGCUGCAGCAAUACAGCAAGCUCCGUUUCUGCUUCACAAUACCCUUGCUGAGCUACAACUGUUUGUUAAACUGCCAUUACAAGGUGGCAAGAGAGCUUGGCCUUAGGAAUUGCCCAAGUAAAAAAAUAGAUGGGGUGUAUCAGGGGUGGGGGGGCCGCUGAACAUUUUGCACAUGUUCACGGCCUCCUCAAAAUACAAUAAAUAAACCAACCCAAACAAAACUGGUAAUGCUUGGGUCCCCAAAACAACAGACAACCCCCUUCCCACUCUCACAACAAAGGGGAAGUCACCCCCCCAAAGGAACAGACAGCCCCCCCAACCAAACGAUCAUCAAAAGUAUUUUAUUUUAAAAGUUGAAAGGGGCAGAUGACAUUGGUGGGUGCAAAAUGGGGAGGUCCGCGGGUGCUGUGAUCCCCAGAGGUUGACACGGUCCAGUUCACGGGCAAUCAAAGUCCUGGCAGGGGACGUCAGGACUGGGGGCAAGAUGGCAGGGUGGGAACAGGAAUGGGGGUCUAGAAGCCAGGAGUCAGGAAGCCAAGAGUCCAAGGGUCAGGAAGCAAGGAGGCAUGAAGUCAGGGGUCCGAGGAUCAAGAAGCAAGGAGUCAAGAAGCUGAGGUUCAAGGUUCAAGGAUCAGGAAGCACGAAGCCAAACGCUGCAAGGCAGGGAGCGUGUUGCUGUGGCAAAAAGCCAAAGGGAAAUGCUGACCUUAUAUCCCUUCCUUGCUCUUGCCACCAGAUGCUGUGAGUUACCAAUCGGCCUCACCUCUGGGGCCGCACCUUGCCUCUUCAGAACACACUUAGGAAGGCCCCAGUCCUGCAAAGUCCUAUUGGUAUGGGGCCUGGCUCCUGCACGCACACCUGACAAUAAAUAUGACUCUUCCAAGUAUUGCCUGUGAGGCAUGCUAGACACGCGGUUAGGAGUGUUGCGUUCCAAAUAUUUACGUGGUUCUGCAUGGGACCAGGCAUGAAGGCAGUGGCACUCCUGAUGCUCUCUGUAUAGCUGUAUGUGAACUUGGAGAGAGAUGGGGAAAUAGAUUACGGUGACAGAUAAAGAGAAGCUUCCAAGGCCUAUGUGGAUUUGAUGCUGUGGGGAGGAAAGGGUGAAGAACAGGCCGUUAAUUAAAAACGGGAUACUGGCUCACACUGUCGUAGCCACAAGCUUCCAGUUCAAAUAUUGUCUUUGUCACAAGCUCUCUAGAUACAAAGGGUGUCCAAGUUCCUGUGAGAGUUGGAAUGUUAUUAAGCUAUUUAUGAAUAGGAUUAGGAAGAAACAGGGCUCAGCUUCGUACUUCGGUGCUGGAGUCUGUGUGUGGUGUGUGUCCUGCGUUUUGCAGCUUAACCUGACUUAGUUUCCAAGAGUUUUAAUGAAAUCGAAUCUUUAUUGAGUCACAGCUUAACCUUGGGACCUAGAAGGUAGCACUCAGGAUGUAUCUCUCUGUGUUUUCCCAGUAAUGAAAGAAGGCCCAUAUAUCUGGGAUUAGUUUGGGGAGGGGGGAAGUCUGUAGUGGAAUCCAGCCACUGCAGUAGGCGGUGCAAAAAUAUCCUGCGUAUUCCUCGGAGGAUAUGGCCACUUCCUCAAACUAGUCCUGUACUCCACUAAUGCUUAGAAGCCAACAAAACCCAUCUAUAAAUGUCAAGAUAAGCGUAACUGGUGGAACUAUAAAUGGGUGGCUUUCAGACUUACUGCUUUCAGCACCAGCUCAUCUGCUAAGGAUACUUGGCACAUCUGCCACAGAACUCCAGCACUGCAGAGUGGCUUUUUUGGGAGAUGCACAAUCACUCAUUUCUGAAGGGCACAGGCCAGGCCUCUCUGAUCUUCCUUUCCUGAACCGAGUGUGCAACAUUCUCUAUCACAAUUGCAUACCUACCGUAGGGGAAGAUCGGUGGUGGUGGACAAGCUUGUCAGUCAUUGCUUACCUUUCUGUUGAGGAGGUAAUGGUAAACUUCCGUGGAGGUCCAGGGUUUCCCUGAAAACGGUUUAAAACACCGCUGUUCUAAAAGGAUUAUGUAUGUUUGUGUCAAAUCCAAAUUUCCUCUUCCUGGAUAUAUUUGUAUUCCUUCCUCCUCACUCCAGAAAAAGCAGUCUUUUGAUCUUUCCGCGUAUCUCUUCUUCACCUUCUGUUUUUGCACAGCUGCCUGUGGAUUAUGGGUACAACUGCCAGCACAGCUCAGCAGACGACGACGGCAACAUUUGA